CCUUGUUGCUAUGGGGAGACGGCGAGGGAGGGGGCGGCGUCGCCGCUGCUGCUGCUGCGCAGGGCAAGGGAAGCCAGAGGCAGCGGCGGCGGCAGCAGCAGCUGCUGAUUCCUGACACAUUUCCCCCCCUCGCUGCCAUAUUGCUGCCCCCUCCCCCUUUGCGCGAGCUUCAUGCGUACAGUGAGUCGGAACCUCUCCUUUAUUAACUAUCUGGGGUCGAGGGAUGCGGGUGGGGUGGGGAGCUGGGGGGUGGCUAAGAGAUACAUACGCCUCUCUUCUUAAAUUUAGUCUUUCCAACCCCUGGGUUUCUCUCCCCCCCUUCCGAUUUCUUUUUCUACUUCCAGCUUUUUAAUUCUCACUUGUCUUCCCCUCCGUCUACUUCCAGUUGUGUUUUGCUGGUGUUUUUCUGUUUUCAUUCUCUCCCUCCCUUGACGUCUGGUGUGUGUCUGUGCACCGCGGAGGCUUAAAUUGUGCUGUGUGUAUUGUGUGUACACACACACACAAACAUAUUGUGGGUAUAUGUGCGCGCGCCCGCGCCUCCAGCUGAGUUCCCUUUGGCUUCAAGAUAUAUGGCGAGGUUGGGAUCUAGGGCGGCUGGGGAUCGGAGGAAAGGUGAGGAGUUUGAGUUGGUGUCAGACCUGGGGUACGCGUGUCUUUCUCAAGGGUUGUGCCUGCAAGUUGGUGUGUGUGUGAAGAGACAUUCGUGUUCCGGAGUCAGGGGUGUGUGACUUGGAGAAGGGAAGAUAAAUGCUCGAUACUGGAGAGGAAGACACUGGAGAGGAGAACGAGGGAUUUUCUUGUGGGUGGUGAAAAAGGGUUUUUGCCCAAGCCAGUCGUGUGUGUGAAUGUAUAAAAAGCUUGACUGCCAGAUCUGGGUCUGACCUGUUUAUGUGGGGCGUUGGGAGGAGUGAAUGGAACAAGAAGGUUGGAUGCAGCCAAAGCUCUCUCUCUGUCGGACCUGAGUCUCUAAAUACGCCCCUCGAGAGAUAGGUGGACUUAGUGGGACCCAAAUCUGAUUUAUUUUUUAACCUACCCACUGACCACUUUAGAGCUGUGUGUUCUGAUAUAAUGUGCUCCUCCUUCAAUGAAGUGGUCCGGGCUCCCUUGGGCGGUGGAGAGACGAAGGUGGCAUCUGGGGCAGGCAGGCGAGGGUGGCGUUUCACUGGAGGGGCUCCGAUCUCCUCCCCCACCAGUCCCCCCUUUCCUCUGACCCUUGUCCCUCUUCCUGCCCUAGACUCUUGCCUAGCCACCCCCCCCCCUUUAACCAGGUAGCUUUGCCGUUGUGCACGCGCCUUUUCGCCUCCUUUUGGACUUCGCUUCAUCCACAAGCGCUGCUUGUGCGGUUCCACCAGGCCCCCCUAAAUACGAUGCGUGCGCGCUUGGGCUUUUGCUAAGACGUUUGUGUGCCCUUUGGCUGUCCGUAUUCUUUUAAUAAAUCUUCCCCGCUUCCGGGUGAGAGUGACUGGCUCGAUCUUUCUUUCCGUCGUCACGAAGUUGGAAGGGAACAAGGCAUCCCGCGUGCGCGCACAAAAAAAGUUCACCUGCUUUGGAAGUUUUUCAAAAUGCAGCUAAGUGAAUUCUUUCCUUCUCUCCGUACUCCGUAGAAAAGAAAGAGAAAGAGACUUUUCUCCCGGCUUGCUCCGUCCCUCCCUCCUCCAGCCUCCCCCAUUUUGGUUCAGGAUUGUGACAGCCACGUGGCUGGCAAAGCCUCUCGCCGGGGAAAGGCGGCCACGGGGUCACCCGGGCGGCUCCGCGAGCGUGUGGGUGGCUGCGCGUUAGCAGCCCGGCACAAAGCCCGGCGCAAAGUCUGCAACGCCGCCGCCCCCUCCUCCUCUUGCAGGCGAGCGUAAGAAAAGGUGCCCCCCUCUGCGCUUUAGUCCUGCCUCCCAUCUCUCCCCCCCCCCCCGCUCCUGCUUAGAAAAUGCAAACUCUGCGGACGCUGAAUGCAAGCGCAAGAGAUUGAAGCCAACGGAGAAAAGACAACCCCCCCACCAACCUCUGAAAAAACUUGGACCCUUUUGUAUGGGAUCGAUCAAGCCGCACUAAAUAACAUUAACCUCCCCCUCCUCCUCCCGUUCUGUAACUGGCACAAUUGGGACUACACUCCCCGCCCCCCAACGCCUAAAUAUAUGCAGGCAUAGAGAGAAUAGGGGGACAGCACGCAGAGAAUUUUAAACGCACUUCAGUAUGUGUCAGACCCCCCCCCCCAUAUGCAUGCUCUGUGAAAGGGUUGGGGAGGUAACAAUCAGCACUCUUCUCCUUUUUUCUUUCCCGUAGUUAACAGCCCUAAAUGUGCGCUAGGGAACUCCUGGUUUGCAGAAAUCCUGUGCAAUCCUUCCUGCAAAUGAGGAUAAGUUGCAUUGCUUUGAGGGGGAGGGUGCUGGUUCUGUUGCUCCUCCCACUGGGUUUUUAACUUCGGUGGACAUGUGUGUGUAUUUUUUAAAGGUAUUUGUUAACGUUACAAAUUAUAUCUUGGUGGUGUUUGUUGUUUUUUUUUGGCCGUGGCUAAUUUCACCUUUUGGUUGGAUGGUUGUAAACUGCUUCGAGGGUCAUACGCCCACGGGAAAGUGGCUGAGAUAUUUUAAUAAAUGGGAGGGUUGUGAGAAAACCCUGUAGAAAACAUGAAAUGCAUUUGUGGUGCUCUUUGUUUUGUUCUAAUGUAUCACAAGGGCAACAAGUGGCCUUUUUAAAUAUUUCCUUUCUCUGUUUAUUUUCUGCGGAGUCACGCUCAGGUGAAAAAUUACUUUCUCACCCUUUACAAAUAAGGGAAUUUGUGCUUAGGGGUAGUGUUUCUAUAGGUCAGCCUUUCUCCACCUGGUCUCUUCCAGAUGUUUUGGACAACCAGGAGAGCAACCCAGACGUUCGAGGGGCUGUCUUGGCCUUGGGGUCUCUUCCAACUCUACAGUUCUAUUAUUCUAAGUCAUGGGUAGGGAGAGUAAGGCCCGGGGGCUGGAUCCAGCCCAGUCGCCUUCUAAAUCCGGCCCACAGACGGUCCGGGAAUCAGCAUUUUUAUAUGAGUAGAAUGUGUCCUUUUAUUUAAAAUGCAUCCCUGAGUUAUUUGUGGGGCAUAGGAAUUCGUUCAUUCCCCCUCCCAAAAAAAAUAUAGUCCAGCUCCCCAGAAGGUCUGAGGGACAGUGGACUGGCCCCUUGCUGAAAAAGUUUGCUGACCCUUGUUCUAAGUUCUGUGGGACCUGACUCCCAGGUAAAUGUGUGUUUAGGGUUGCAGCUGAAAUUAAGCUCCUUCAGUUCCCACUGAUUUUAGUAGGGGAGAGUUCAGGAGGCUAAACUUCCCCAAUGAAAUUGGUGGGAUGGAAAAUCAGUUCCAAACUGGCUCAUGCCUAUGGUGCAUGAUGCUGAUUUUUUUUUAAAAUUUAAAUUUCUUAACAACAUAAGAAGUACCUGCUGGAUCAGGCCAAUGUCCCACCUAGUCCAGCAUCCUGUUCUCACAGUGGCCAACCAGAUACCUGGAGGAAACCCACAAGCAGGAACCAAGCACAAGAGCACUUUCCUUCAGCUGGAAUUCAGAAACAUGCUGCCUCUGACCACAGAAGCAGAACAUAGACACUGUGGCUGGUAGACAUUGAUAGCCCUUUCCUCCAAAAUCCUCUUUUAAAGCCAUCCAGUUCUAUUACCUGUCCCAGCUUCUUUGGAUGUCCAUGACUUCCUAGUGUUAUGAGAGUGGGAGAAGAUAUUUUCUCUAUCCACUUUCUUAAAGGUAAAGGUACCCCUGACCAUUAGGUCCAGUCAUGACCGAUUCUGGGGUUGCGGCGCUCAUCUCACUUUAUUGGCCGAGGGAGCCAGCGUACAGCUUUCGGGUCACGCGGCCAGCAUGACUAAACCGCUUCUGGCGAACCAGAGCAGCACAUGGAAACACAGUUUACCUUCCCACCGGAGCGGUACCUAUUUAUCUACAUGCACUUUGUGCUUUCGAACUGCUAGGUUGGCAGGAGCAGGGACCAAACAACAGGAGCUCACCCCGUUGUGGGGAUUCGAACCGCCAACCUUCUGAUCAGCAAGUCCUAGGCUCUGCGGUUUAACCCACAGCGCCACCCGCGUCCCCUUAUCCACUUUCUUAGUGCCACAAACUUUUCUAUGCUUCCAUCCUGGCUCCUCUUACUCGUCUUUCCCUUGAACUCAAGAGGCUGCUGUCCCUUGACCCUUUUGCCUGCCCUUUUCUCAGCCUUUUCCAACUCCUUUUUGAGGUGAGGCGACCAGAACUGUACACUCUACUCCAAAUGCGGUUCAGCCAUAGAUUUGUGUAAUAAUAGCAUUAUAUUAACAGUGGUUUUAUUUUCCUUUCCUAAUGAUCCCUAGUACACUGGGCCGACAUUUUCAUCAAGCUGUCCUCUAUGAUCUCAAGGUCCUGUUUUUUGGUCAGCCAUUGCCAAUUCAUAACCCCAUGAGCAUAUAUGUGCAAUUAAGAUGUUUCCCCCCCGGACACGCAUCACUUUACACUUCUUUACACUGAAUUGCAUUCACCUUUUUGCUGCUCUUUCACUCAGUUUGGAGAGAUGCCUUUUGAGCUCUUCCCAAUCUCUUUUUGUUUUCCAUCAACGAACUUGGCCACCUCAUUGCUCGCACCUAAUUCUAGAUGGUUUAUGAACAAGUUAUCAAACAUAGGUCCCAAUACUGAUUCUUGGGGGACUCUACUUUCUUAGGGCUGCCAUAUGUCUGGGAAUUGGGCAGGAAAAUGGCGUCCGAGUGGAUUUUCGGCAAAUUGGGAAACCCAGACGUAUGGCGGGUGUGUGUGUGUUAAUAUAUAUAUUUUAAAUCAUUCAAUAAAAAGGCCAACAACUUGCAGCAAAAUCAAAACAAAUAAUAAUAAUAAUAAUAAACUCCUUUGUCCGGAUUUUCGCUUUUGGGAAUAUGGCAACCCUAACUUUCUACAUCCUUCCAUUAGGAGAGCUGUCCAUUUAUUCCUACUCUCUUGUUAUAUAACUAGUUUUUGAUCCACUAGAGAAGAGGACCUCUUUUCUUAUCCCGUGACUCCUACUCGGGUGUUUCUGGUGAGAUACUCCAUUGAAAGCUUUUCGAGCAUCCAAGUGCACUUGGGUGGGUGGAAGCUGGGGGGGGGCGCGAUAUCUCUCGCCGAUAUCUCUCGCCCCCAGCUCUUCCCAGCGGAGAAGCCAGUACUGUCUUCACAAAAGUUUAAAGGCAGCUUGUUAAGCUUCUGACACCUUCUUGACUUCCAGUCCUGCCCACCACAAGAGAGAAGAUGUGCUUUUAACGAGCUCUCGAUUUCAUUCCCACCCGCAAAUAGAAGAUGUGAGUCUCCACCAGGUGGUCUUCAAAUGAGGAUUCUCCCUUUGUAAAAGUGGCCAUGAUCCCUGCCAGCAAGUGCAAGAGGAGAUGUUUCCCUUUUCCUUCCUGGUCAAGAAAGUGUCCAUCUUGGUUGUGAUCUUGCGGAGUGGGUUGGGGACCAAUAGGGAGCAAAGAUAAUGUCAGCGCAUGCAGAUUGAGAUACGAACGCAAAGUCAGCUUCUCCAUUGUAGCCAUCAAUUAGUUUAUGGUACUGAAUAAGCAGCAAGCAGCACAAAUGGCUCAAGCAGAAAUGAUUUCAUGGCUCAGAUAGGCACAUGCAGACCUGGUUCUAGCAAAGCGUUGUGCCUCCUCUCCUCUAUGCCAUGGGGUCCCAAACUGUGAUCCGUGAGCUUCAGUCAGGUUCCAUGUAGUUGAUGCAAAACCCGUGAGGGGCAAGCAAGGGUCACAGUGCUGGGUUUUCGCCUAUUUACCCUGCAGUUCUAGACAUGUCUUCUCAGAAGUAGACCCCUUUGAAUUACAUGAGACUUGCUCCCAGAUAAAUGGGAGCAGGCUUGCCUUUUGUAUUGUCAUUUCUCUCUUCCCCAAAGGCAAAUCGAUAUUUGGGCCUUCAGGACUUUGGUCAAGUGUGGGUCGCAAGUUGUGACUGAUAGCUGUGUCCGCGAAAUAUGUGUUGCCUGGCAAAAGCCAUUAUGGCGAACCAUCUUCAGGCAUCGUUUUUCCAUUGUUCCACAACUUUACAAACUCUUUCUCUUAAGUACCGUAUAUACUCGAGUAUAAGCCGACCCAAGUAUAAGCCAAGGCACCUGAUUUUAUCACAAAAAACUGGGAAAACUCAUUGACUCGAAUAUAAGCCGGUUCACCACACCACAAACCUCCUGGUGGGCCAGAGUGCACAUGGCAGAGGGGGCUUCUCUCUCCCCCCAUUAAAAAUGUGCUGAAAAAGUCGGCUUAUACACAAGUAUAUACGGUAUAUAAAAUGUCUGAAAUGAGGAGCAGGAAUAGCUGUAUUGUCGCAAUGCAAAACUAGCUGUGUGUAUCUUGUGGCAAAAAUGACUUGUACAGGAUAUCCUUUUUUUAAAGCAGCUAGAAUUCAGAGCAUGGGAAGUGCUAUACCAAAAGUCUUACCACGUGACCUUGCGUCAGAAUUCCUUCUCUCUCAGCUUCAUGUUGUCUGAUCUUGCCACUCAGUCUAGACAGAAAAGGUAAACUAGCAGGCAGCUUCCUCAGUGCAUUGGAUGCAUGUGAAUUAUAUUAUUCUGGUCUACUUACAUUGUUGCGUUGAGCACCUUGAUAGGAUCUUCUGCCUUUCCACAGCCAACCUUAUCUUUCCCUGCAGGGGUAAUAGUAUUUUACUGGCAAAAUGAUGGUGUUUUCCUUCCAGGCCGCAGGCAGAACUGUUACAUGCGGUUAUAAAGGGUCAAUAUAUUGGUUGAACUGGGAUAAAAAAGUGCUUCCGUGUCUCUAGAUGAUAGCAUCCUUUUUUUUUUAGUAUUUGGGGGAGGCUGUCCGGUUUUCUCAGUACAGCACUUCUACCAAUUUUGCGGUGUUAGAAACUCAGAUAUAUAAGCUAAGCGACAAAUGGCUCAUUAAAUCAGGAUUGCAGUCGUCAAAACAGAAUGCCUAGUUCGAAAGUCGUCUUUUUCAAUACUUUGCUGCGUCGCCGGAGCACGAUUUCUGUUCUUAUCCUGAAGCAAAGUUCUUAACCUGAAGCACUAUUUCUGGGUUAGCGGAGUGUGUAACCUGAAGCGUAUGUAACCCGAAGCGUAUGUAACCCGAGGUACCACUGUAUUCAUCAUACGGCGGAAGGUACCCUUCUUCUUCCUCUGACUUUGGGCAUCUGAGAUAGAUACAUCUUAAGACCCACCUUAUUCUCUUGAUCGCAACCUGUUUUAACAUUUUAAAACAUGUGUUCCAAAUGGUUGUAACCUGUCUGAAGAAUCCAUGGUGGGAGGGAAGGCAGGUAAGAAAUCUCAAUUAUUGUUAUAAAAAAUACAUCUCCAGAAAUAAUGUCGGAAUGCUCUGCGCCAUGAUUUGCUCUCUCCCAACCCCUCAUUCCUGCGUGUUAAAUAUAGUGGACUUCGGCUCUUCAAGUAGCCAUUUCCUGCAGCAGUAAAUUAAGAAAACAAACACACCCAUGCAGAACCAUUUCAGCUAUGGUGACAGUGGUGCCCUUCAUUGUAAUCCUAACCUGGUUUCUCGAGGAAGGCGUGAAGCCUCUGCUUCUUUACUUACGUGAAUCCACCUGAGUAAAAUUUUAAAGGAGCCCAUGUAAACGGGAAUAGCCUGGCUAAAAUAAGCCUGGCUUGUGCUGCUUAUUUUUAUUUGCAUUUGGAGCUCUCCCAGUUAUGGGUGGCCCGGAGGGCACAGUAGUAACAGAUUAACAAGCACAAAUAUAUAUUUACAGUUCUAUUAACAUCUAGAUUAAAAACAUAAAUAUCAAAAACCCCAGCCUUCUGUCAGCUGAACCUUUCUCCGUAUAGAAAAGCCUUGCAGUCUUCCAAAAGGUGUAGAUAUAUAUAUAUAUGUUUUUAAAAUUUCAGAGGUCUGAGAGAAAUGGCGAAGUAGGGAAUUUGGGAGCUGCACUUCCAUAUAGAAAUUUUUCUGCCCCUGGAAAGGCAGAGAGGGUUCUUGUUUCUGGGACUAGGCUUCUCUCUGCCAAACUUCUUGUUGUUUUUUAAUGGAUCAUUGAAGAAAAUGAUACCCUACUUAUCCCCAGUGUUUGAAAUUCCCUGGGUGCCAGGCACAUUUUGCUACUGGCACGGGUCCAAUUGCGACUAUGUGGAGAUUUCUGGGCACCAGGUUGGCGACUGAUGUCUCCAUCGAGCCAGCAGACUUGUGCAUAGCAAAAGACACACAUCUUGUUCUUCUGCACUGCUGAGUGAAUCAUGGACCCCUUGCUGGGCAUCUCAGUCCUCCAUGCAUCAUAUCAAGGAAAAUAAGUGUAGGGCUGAGUACAGGUAUUUCUGACUGUGCUGCAGCCUUUCUGCAGGCUACCCAAGCAGAACUCACAGACCACAGUUUGAAAACCUCUGCCUUUGGUCCAUUUCCAUUUCCGUGGUGUGGGUUUCUCCUUCUUGCAAAUUAGCAAUGUAGUUGAGAUCAUAGAAUCACAGAAUUGUAGUAUUGUCUAGCUCAAGCCCCUGACGAAUAGACAUUCUGUUGUGGUGACCGUAACCCAGGUUUGAGGUGCUAUUUGGUGCUUGGCUUACAUAUCUGCAUUUCCAACACGGCUUCUCCCCCAACACGGCUUCUCCCCCAGCCAUGCACCUGCUGCACCAUGAAAUUGUACGAUCCCAGGCAACCAUCACCAAAUGACUUCUCCGCAGGUAUAGAUUGGCUCUUAAGCAGUGCUAGAAACUCCUAUAUAUAAUAUAAUCGCCAAAUGGCACCUUAAACCCAAGGUGAUGGUCGCCACCAUGGAAUGUCUAGGCCAGGGUUUUCAGCAGGUCCACCGUCCUUCAGACCAUGUGGUGGGUCGGACUAUAUUUUGAAAAAAAUUAAUGAACUAAUUCCUAUGCCCCACAAAUAACCCAGAGAUGCAUUUUAAAUAAAAGGACACAUUCUACUCAUGUAAAAACACGCUGAUUCCUGGACCGUCUGCGGGCCGGAUUUAGAAGGUGAUUGGGCCAGAUCCGGCCCCCAGGCCUUAGUUUGCCUACUCAUGGUCUAGGCACUUUUUAGCACUGGGAUUCAUUAUUACUAUUAUUCAUUUCAUUUCUAUACCGCAUUGUAUUUUAAAGAGCAAACCUCAAAGCAUUGAAACGUCGAAUAACACCAUCCAGAAUAAAACAAAUUCAAGCUUCGAGGAAAAUAUUACAGAUCCUUCUCCAAGGGGCAUUUUGCUUUCCCCUGGCAUCCAAAGAUCUCCAUGUGGAUGAAAUUGGGCUUGCACCAGCCGUAAAACACGGCUGGCUAAUUUCUGUCACUGUUCUUGAUAGGGAUGUAUGUUCCACAGUGUGUGGGAAGCUGCUGUGACUAUCCGAGUGCCCAUCUACAUGCGCCCUUGCAGUUUGAACAUGAAAGUGUGGUUGGAAUUAGAGAUAAGGCGCAGGGACAGAAAGGAUCUCUUUGUACAGCUCCAAGCUUGAAGCAUGCACAGACGGUGAAUGGCAAUUCUAUAUGGAGUUUGCCCAGGUAGUUAAAUUAAAAAGUUGAUCCCGGCUACAGGCAUUGCCAAUUCCCAAGCCCCCCACCUCCUUUGCGGCUUUCCAACCGGUGAGCAGGUUUACAAAUGUAUGGAUUGCAACACAGAUGAUUUCCUAUUAGAUAUUGAGCUGCAUAAUCCAGACUCGCCCACCAUCCCUCCCUCCCUCCCUCCCUCCCAAAAAAGCCCCCCUCUCCCGAAAACCAUGGCAAUCCAGGGUGGCUUCACUCGUUCAACCACCCCGCCAGAAGUAGCAGCAGACAGAUGGUUCUCAACAAUGGGAAAAUCCAGUUGGUUUCCCUUAGGAAAAUGCUUGAGAACAAUAAUGCUUAAGGGGAUAAAGGCAGAUUAAUUAAUAGAGGCAUUGUUGGUGCCUGUGUUCAGUUGCUCCUAUUUGCGCUCUAAUUAUGCGAUAGAUGUGCUCUUUUAUGGAGAAGUCUAGCACACAGCGUGGAUAAAGCGCCCCUUCCAUCGUAACAGUAUCUAUCAAAAGAAAGGAAUUGGGCUUAAGUCUUGCUUCCAUUUUUAGACCAACAGUAAGCUAAACGUGUCAUCUGCAGAGCAACCCUAUGCAUAUCUGUUCAUAAUAUAAACUCCCUGAUUGCCAUUGUAGUGUUUGUUUUACUCUGGCACAAUCUUCCCUUUAAUUUGGUGUGAGUACUGUCUUCGAUAUCCAGUGUGUAUUGUACAAUAGUAUCCUCGGUAGCCCGAUUUAUACUGGCACUAAACCAUGGUUUAGUGUUGCAAGAGCAAGCCAAAGUGAACCCCAGACUUGAACUCUCCCUCCUCUUCUUCUGGCACAGACAUGAGGACAAGAUAGAAAAUUUCUGCUUCUGUUUCACAUAAACCGCAGUUUGACGACCAAUCCUAAACUGAUUAAGUAUAAGCAUGGUUAGUUGAAACAAAGCCAACUUCCAAAACUAUAGUUUGGCUUGUUUCAACAAACCAUACUUAAGAUUAAUCACAGGUUGUCAGGUUCAGGUGGCAUGGCAGGCUGUGGUUAAUCCAAAAAGGAACCAAAAGUUUUCAACCUCCUCUUCAUGGCUACAUUGGAGGGGGAAGUGUGCCAAUCUGAAGCUAACUUGGAGAUAUCCUCACAAUCCAAGCCAACACACUGUGUUGGGUAAAAGUGUACCUUUCCCCCCCCUUCCUCGGAGGCAGUUGUGAAGAAAAACAGGUUUGCAUGUUUCCAUUGUGGCUGAUUUGAACUAGAGAAAAACCAGAUGUGAAGGAUGUCAGUUUGCUAAUGCUCUUAACAGCAUCCUCACACUUCCACUCUGGAAUCCCCAGAGCAGUUUUGCAAUUGUGUUUUAAUUCUGGGGGAAGUACUGGUGGAAUACAAUGAAGCAUGGACGUAUAUAAACAUACACGUGCUACAUAUAUAUACAGUCAUGCCUCGUGUUGCGUUCCCCUCUUUUUACGGACUUUCAGCUUACGAACAUGGCAAACCCGGAAGUGUUUACUUCUGUGUUCCCUGCAUGCGCAGAAGUGAUCUGCAUGCUUCACACAUGUGCAGAAAUGCUUGAUUGCACCCGCACAUGCGUGGAAGAGGCGCUCUAGUUGCGGACUUUUUGGGUACGAAUGGCACCCCGAAAUGAAUUAAGUCCGCAACUAGAGGUACCACUGUGUGUGUGUCUAUCUAUCUAUCUAUCUAUCUAUCUAUCUCCACUACCUGAUGCUGAAAUGCAAGUUGCAAAGCUGGGCAUACACAGUUGAUUGAUUUAUAAAAGGAUUUCUAUAUGCUGCUACAGUGGUACCUCGGGUUACAGACGCUUCAGGUUACAGACACUUCAGGUUACAGACUCUGCUAACCCAGAAAUAGUACCUUGGGUUAAGAACUUUGCUUCAGGAUGAGAACAGAAAUCACGUGGCGGUGGCGUGGCGGCAGUGGGAGGCCCCAUUAGCUAAAGUGGUGCUUCAGGUUAAGAACAGUUUCAGGUUAAGAACGGACCUCCGGAACGAAUUAAGUUCUUAACCAGAGGUACCACUGUAUUCUGGUGGAGUACCCAAGCACAGUGCACCACAUGAUUAUAACAAUAUUACAUUAAAAACCAAAUUAAAAUACACAGGGGGAAAGUCGCAAAAUUCACCCAGUAAACAGAGAGUAAAUGUGAUCCACAAUCUACAGCUGUCUGGAUGAGCAGAAACUUUUUAUAUUACUGGUGGAUCCGCCAUGCUCAGGGUGCCUGCCAGAUCUCUGUGGGAGGACUUUCUAAGUCAACAGCAGAGCCUGAAACUUGGCUCAGUAGCAAAUUGGCAACUGGGGAAGCUCCUUCUGGAGGGGCGAUAGGGUAGACCAGUAAGCAGCAUUCUGCACCAUUUGCGGCACCCAAACAGCCUAGGUGAAGCCCAACACAAAGUGCAUCACAGCAGUCUUAUCUUGACACUGUGAACAUGUGAUAUCAAUCCAGGAACGGUCAUCAUUGAUGUACCAGCCACAGUUGGUAAAAAAUGCCUCUAGGUGCUGCAGCUACCUGGACCAUGAUGUCUUCAAGAGCAUCCCCAAGCAACUCACCUAUUAUUUGGGCGAUGGACUGGCUCUUAAAAUCUUAUGUCUGUCAUCAGUGCAGCCAGAGAGAAGGCAGGUGGUUUGUGCUAUGAACACUACAGCUGCAUGCAUGUUCUCAUCUAGCGGGGAUGAGACAGCUAAGGGAUGUGCCAGCUUGCCUUAACUAUGACCAAGAGGCAGGUUUCUUCUCCCCCCCCCUCCUUUUUUAUCCCCGAGGAGAACAUAAUGCUCCAGUUGUCUUGGAUACACGGCGGUGUAUGUAGCAUUGUAAUCAAAUAUAGGCCGUCUGUAGUUGCAUUUUGGGAUUUAAAUCUGACCUCUGAUCUCAACAGCAGCUCUGGUGAGAUGGGCAGCGUAAUGUAGGACAUGUGUGGAAGUUGCUGAGAACAAAGGGAAAGGGAGAGAAGGAACAAAGGUAACUCUUUUUUGCUCCUCGCCUCUUGGAUUUUCCUUGAACAUAUGCUUUAAAUGGAUGAGUGCUUCAGGGGCCUGAUGGCGGAGCCAAACACAUCUCUCUCUCCUGUUUGUUGGUCUGCCUCGAUUGGAGCGUUUAGAUGUUGGAAUGAAAUUCGGUGCGUCGCGUUCAGGUGGGGAGUCUGCGUUUGAGUUUAGGAGCCGUCCUGACAGGCUACACCCAUUGUCAAAUCGGAAGCGGAAAUUAUGUGUUUGGUUGGGAUGGGCAAAUCUGGCCAUUUUGGUUUCUUCCACUCUCUCUCCCCCCCCCCCCCCGAUCUUAACUUCAGUUCUUCACAUUUCCCCAUCCGUUUGCAUUAAAAAAUAUUUUCAUCAGCAUUAUAAUACAGAUUUCUCCUGAUACACACGUGUGCAUGCAACUUUGCCUAAUAUACACGUUUUGUGGAGCAAUUUCCCCUAAAUUUCAGGUCUUGCUUUCACUAAUAUGUGCCUUUUAUUGGACACCUUACUCCAGCGCAUGCAUUUUUGUGCACAUUACUCCUCCAGAGAACUGUCUUGCAAAAUUUGAAGAAUUGUGAGUUUUGAAGGAUGGAUGUGCUUCAGUUUUUCUUGUGUUGUUUCAGAAGCAUGAGUAGGCACAUUUAUCUUUAAAUGAGAACUGAAACAUAUUUCUCUCCUCACCCCUAGCACACAGGUGUUGUAAUGAGAUCUGUGCCAAAUGUCAGACUGAGAUUCUGUCUUCCAGGUUCAGACACCAGCUGAAUCUCCACACCUGGUUUAGAGGUUGUGACGCUUGGGGAAGAAAAUAAAGAUUCAGAAUGCCUUGUUGUGAAAUACCAGAAGACCUUUGGAUGAUGAUUGUGAUUUAGUAGCGUAAGAAUUUUGUGAUACUAAAGCCUUUUUUUAAAAAAAUACUGCGAUCCUGUUUGCCCAACUGCUUUAAAGGAAAUUUAGAGAAGUUCCUGGAAGAAAAGUCUGUUUCGAAAGUGUUGUAUUCCACCAAAUUAUACUUUUGAGUCGACCCAUUGAAAAGAAUGGAGCAAACGCAAUCAUGUUCAUGAAUUGAGUGGGUCUACUCUUGAGUACAUCUGUUGGUAAUAUCACUCAGGAAAGAUUGUCUCGCAGGAAAGAUUGUCUCACAUACCCAACAGUAUUAGAAAUUAGACAGUUGCCAGGCGUGUUUUGCACGGGUGCAGUUGCAACCAUGUGGAGAUCUCUGGGUGUAAAAUGCCCCUUAGAGAAGGAUCUGAAAUAUUUCCCCUUGAAGCUUGAAUUUGUUUUACAGUGGUACCUCGCAAGACGAAUGCCUCGCAAGACGGAAAACUCGCAAAACGAAAGGGUUUUUGGUUUUUUGAGUUGCUUCGCAAGACGAUUUUCCCUAUGGGCUUGCUUCGCAAGACUGAAACGCCUUGCAAGUUUGUUUCCUUUUUCUUAAAACCGUUAAUACAGUUGCGACUUGACUUCGAGGAGCAACUCAUAGAACGCGGUGUGGUAGCCUUUUUUGAGGCUUUUGAAGACUUUGGUGAUUUUUGAAGCUUUUCCAAAACUUUUCUGACACCGUGCUUCGCAAGACGAAAAAACUCGCGGAACGAAUUAAUUUCGUCUUGCGAGGCACCACUGUAUUCUGGAUUGUUCUAUUUGAUGUUUUAAUGUGUUGAGAUUUGUUCUAUAAAAUAUAAAGCGGCAUAGAAGUGAAAUGAAUAAUAAUACUAACAAACUUCAUUGUGGAGGAAAAAGGCGCCUAGACAUUCCAUUGUGGCAACCGUAACCUAGGUUUAAUGUGCCAUUUGGCGAUUAGUUUCUGACACUGAUAUCCAAUCCAUCACUGUGCUCUGCAGGUGAGGGUUUCCUGGAGAUACCACCUAACAUGAACAUAGGAAGAGCCUGCAGGAUCCGGCCAAUGACCCAUCUAGUCCAGCAUCCCAUUCUCACAGUGGCCGGGCAAGAUACCUGUGGAAAACUCAUAAGCAAGAUUCGAGCACAAGAGCUCUCUGCUCCUGUGAUUUUGAGCCACUGGUACUCAGAAGCAGGGGACAAGGGGAUGCGCAUGUCCAACUAUGACACGGAGGUUGAAUGCUGUUCAGCAGUGUAAAAUAGUCGUGUCUGUUUUUACGCAGACUUCCUCUCUCUUUUGCCCAGGAGGCAAAACAGGUUUUAUGGGAUGUCAGAUCGUAAUGACAAGUCUGGGAAUAACCCUCCUGCGCCUCCUGAUUCCCUGCCCCCACCUACACUCUCAUGCAGGUACACACCCUAAAGAGCAUUGCAACAUAAUGCACUCUGGUAUUAAAUGCCAAAGGUUUAAGUUCUGGCAUAAUGAGGCCGCAGUCCAGCCGUUCAGAGGCCAAUUGGAACGUGCAGUGCUGAACAAGCAGGAAGCCAGAACACAACUCUAUUUAGGAAUGCUGCGAGUUCUCUUGCUCAGUUAUCCCCUCUUUAUCCAACACUCUUGCUGACUGAUUUUACUCCUAUAAAGAGAAGGAUGUGUGAGGGUCCUCAGAGCAGUCUUGUGUAGUGGGAAUUUUUUUUUUCCAUUGGGGAGAAAUUCCACAGUGAGAUUUUAUUCAUAAAAUAAAUUUGCUGCUCAGUAAACGGGUUUGAUAUCUGUCCGCCUGGGCAGUUCCAAACACCUGACUUCAGGUUACUUCCCCUAGCAAGCAUGCACAAAUACAUGAUAAAUCUCUUGGAGUGUGCUAAAAAUUAGUACAUUAACAGUUUUUCUUUUCAUAAUAAUAAUAGCAACAACUAUUAUUAUUAAUUUAUUAUUUAUACCCUGCCCAUCUGGCUGGGUUUCCGCAGCCACUCUAUCUAUAUAAGGAAAGGACUUGAUCUACCUCUCUCAACCUGAUAUCUCAGAGGGAUCAUGCUGGUUGGGGCUGACAGGAGUUUUAAUCCGACAACAUCUGGAGGGUACUGGCUUCGGGAAGGCAGGGCUAGGUAGGCACGUCAUCUUGUCCAUUCUAAAUUAGCUUCAUAUGAUCCUAUGGUUUAGCUUGGGAAUGUGACACAGAAGCUCACAUCCUUUCCCAAGUGCUCUAGCCACAGUUUGCCAUGUUGUCCUACCAGGAAAGGUAUUGUCAGUACCAACUCACGUCAUGGUUUGAGACAGGUUUGCAAACCAUAGUAUGGAGGUUCGUGCCAACUAAGUUAGCCAGUCUCCAAACUAGGGUUUGUCAACCCUCUUCAGACCGUGGUCUAGUGUUUAAUGGCCUUGCAUCAUGGGAAUGAGUUGGGAAGCCACACUUGUGGGGCAGAAUGUACAAAGGCUGUUGAGAAAAUUGGAAUAAGAUGUUUUAACUGGGCUGCUGUUUCUUAAUCUCAGUGUAUCUGCCUCCCCCCACCGCCGCCCAAAUCUGCAGUAUGUGUUUCUGAAUUGUGUGUGAAAUACUCUUAAUGUUUAACAAGAUUCUAUGCAAGUCCUUAACAAUAUAUGGGGGUGAUGAUGUUGUGCCAUGUGUUAUUUCUGGAUGUUUGGGACAAUGGGUUGUCCCCAAAGUGUCCCUUUUAUGAAUGGACGGGCUCCUCCUGCUCAUGGAGGAACUGAGUUCUAAUGCAAGCUCCUGCUCGAGAAAGUAGGGGAAUGCUAUUUCCACCCAUUCAUACUGCAGCCCACCCCCCUAUGCUUUUCGGACAGUUCUCUCAAUCCUAUGGAGAAGCUAUUGCGAGUUGCACAGCCUCCAUUCUGCAUGGCAAAGAGUUGUGGGUUAUGGGUGGUUUUGGGAAAGUUGACUGUACCCUCAGCUCGGUUCCCCAUCUUUAAAAAAAAUGAAAUAAAAGUAAACAUCAAUGUACCUCUCAGGUUUUCAGUUUUGUUUUGUGGAUGCCCAAGAUAUAAGGCAUGUAAAGGCAUUGCGUGCUCUGUUUGCGUAUCAGCUGCCUGUUAGCCAGGUCUGAAGAAAUCGCUUUGCCAUUGCUAUAGAAACCUUGCCUUGAUUAGAUGUCAUAACUCUGUUUGAUUCACACUGAUAUGGCUGUGGGUUCCCACUGUGAAAUGAAGACAGGUUUCUUUUUAUAUAUGCACAGAGAAUAUAAAUUCUGCUUCUUUAUAGCUUACCAAAUGCUUAAGUGGUUUUUGAUGCAGAAUUUAAUUAAAGUAGUUGCAGGAAAUAGUAAAAAAAAAAAGUAUCUUUUUUUUCUAUGAGUAUAUGUGUUUGGACCAUAAUCUGCAAGUUUAACAUAUUGGUGGUAAACCUUUUUAUGAAAUAUUUUAAUUUAGAGAGAGCUUGUAUAUCAGGGAGCUUAUAUCUCUCCAGGGAGCAGCAAUCUGUCCUCCUGCCUACGGAACAAUUCGGUGUAGGCAAGCCAAGUCAUCCUUGAUGGGUCUGAACAAUAUUGAAGGUUCAGCUUUAUUUGGGCCUUGCUAGUUGACAUUUUUAAUGCAGUAAUUGCCUGGUUGUUACUUUGUGGUUGCUAGCGAUCCAACCAUCUUUCUUGGAGGUGUCUUCCGACUUCAGGACAUGAGGAAUACUGGAAGUGGAGAGAAUUUCUCUUGCAACAGAGAAACUUCAUUUUCAUGGCAGCGUGUGUCUAAAUGUUACCCAUUCCCAAAUCUUUAGCAUUGGUGGAUGCUGCACAUAAUUGUGGUUCCACAAGCACCGUUGGUGACUGAUGACCCUCCACCUCAAACUACAAAGCUUCUUGGCCUGUUGAGUUUUAUGUGUGUGUGUGUGUGUGUGUGUGUGUGUGUGUGUUGAUGUUUUCAAUUGUUAAUCAUAUUUUUAUCUGUUUUAAUACUUAAGUGGUUAAUUUGAAGCAGAAGUCGUUAUAGUGGAUUAUUCACCUGCAAGCGCUAAACGGCUCUGGAUAUUUGUGUGCCUGUGACGUCAUGGAUGCUGACGUCAUGGAUGCUAUCCAGUCAGUGCCUUCCACUGCUAGGUGAAUGCUUCUUCCUCCUCCAUUUCAUUUCCAACCGUACUUCAGAUUUGUAGGAGUUUUUCUUUCUCAGAGCUUGAAUACAUAGCAAAGAAAGCGAGAGCUCUUGGAAUUUUGCCCUCCUCUUUCUUUUAUUAAAAUAAAGCGCAACCCAUAAUGUCCAUCUUUACCUGCCAAUGCCGUAGUAGUGAGUGUGUUGCCACUGAGCCCCCCAAAAUUGCAUUUCCUUCAGAAAUGGCAGGCCAGCCAAUACCACACUUUCUUUAUAUUCCUGCCUUCCAAUGAGCUCAAAAGAGCUCACAUUGAGCUUUUGCCAUGAAAAUGCCCCCCAGUGGGAAAUGGCGUCUCAGAUUCAGCCACACCGCCAAAGGGGGAUGGUUAAGAGCAACCCACGGUUUUAAUACUGUUUAUGAGAGCAACCGUUUACGACGCAUCGUAUCAAAUAUUAAUACGAGGGACAGAAAGGAUGGCAAAGGACUUGUUCCUCAUAGUGGCGCCUGCAGGCAAAUGAAUACACAGUUGCCAAUAAGCGAGUUGAGGGUGGGUGGGUGGAAAGGAGCCGAGCAAAGAUGGCCCAAACAGUAUCGCCUUCUAUGCACCCACCGCAAUAAUAAAAAAAAUAUUAAAAUUCAGGUUGGCAGUUUAUUACGCACUUUAAUUCUCCAAAAAACAUGGAGCUGUCCUCUCAGGAAAAGGGCCGUAGCUCAGUGCUCUCUGCACACAGGAGGUUCUGGGUUCAAGACUCCUCCCUGAAACCUUGGUGUCAGGGCCGGAUUCAGGUGUAGGUCAGCAACAAAGCAAUGCAUCACUCCAGGCCAGUGGAGUUAUCUCUUUGUUCAAGGGAACAACCCACAGCUCUGGCCUAGUGGUCUCAGCAACUCUUCCCAGGAGGUCUUGUCCCGAUGAAACAGUUGCGAGGACUGAAGGUCUCUGCCUUCCCAGUAGCCACUAGGCCUCCACCUCUCCAGGGCCUUUCCCACGCGGUCUCAGGCCGUGUCUGCACACAGUCAUCCUCUGCUCUGCCUACUUAAUUUCUCUCCAUGUUAUGGGAAACCAGGUAGAGGGGAGCUGCUCAAAGAAGGAGACUCCCUGGAUUCUUCAGCAGCCUGUGUCCACUCUGCCUCUUGGCCAGCCUCCUCUCCAGCCUCCGAGGUGGAGUCUGAACUGCUCUCUGCCAUGGCCUCUUCCUGCUCACUAAACCCUCUUGCCUCUUCAGCUUCCGACACCACCUCCUCCCAGCCUGCUCUCUCUUCUCCCUCUGACCACUCGUGGUCACACAAUCCCCUGGCUCUGAGCCUUUUUCCCAUGAAUGUUCCCUGACUGGUGCCUUCACCCAGCCAGUCCAUGGCACUUGGAGACCAGUUGCCAGUUACUUUCAACUAGGGUUGAGGAACCCGACUCAGCCUGAGGACCGUAUUCUGUUCUGGGCAGCCUUCUGGGGACCGCAUAGCAGUGGUCGGGUGAAUUAGAUGCAAAAAUGGGCAGAGGAUGGGAUGAAAUUUUCUACCUUGUACAGUGGGCUAGUUUCUGUGCAUCCUAUCAGAUCCUUCUCUGUCCUCCAAGCAAGAGGCCUCAUAAGAGAUCAAGGACAUGUUCCAGCCCAGGUAGAAAGGAGGCUACAAAACAGGGUUAGCGUGACCAUGGGAGAGUCCUGAGGGCCAGAUGGAGAGGCCAAGAGGGCCGCAAUCCACCCCUGGGCCUGAGGUUCUCUCCCAGACCUCUGGUGCUGCUGUACAUAAUACGCAGUUGGGCGGACCAAUAGUUCCGUUCAUCUAUAAGGCAGCUUUCUGCUUCAAACCAUGAUGGCUAUACUCUGUUCUCCACUGUAUGUUUCUGAAUGCCAGUUGCUGGAAACCACAGGAGAGCAGAGAUAGCGCCAAGGUUGCAGGUUUGAUCCCCAUAUGGGGACAGGGGCAUUGCGGGUGGUUGGACUACAUGAUCCUCAGGGUCGCCUCCAAUUCUCUGAUUCUAUUAAUUCCUGUGCUUGGAUCCUGCGUUCAAAAUGCUGGACCAGGUGGGCCUCUGGCCUGAUCCAGCAGGCUCUCCUUACGCUUCUAUAAAAGCUUUCUCCCUUGUCUCUAGGCCAACAAGAUUAAAUGGGUCCAGUAACUGGAAUGACUCCGGACAAGAAAGCUGAAACGCCGGGGGCAGAGAAAUCCGCGGGGCUGCGGCACAUCCAAAGAAUGGGGAGCUUGCCGGAGGCGGUGGAUGCGGCUCGGCCGAAGGCCACGGCCGUGGAUAGCGAACUGGCCGACGAUGAGCUCACAAACUUGAACUGGCUUCACGAAAGCACGAACCUCCUAACAAACUUCAGCCUCGGAAGUGAGGGUCUUCCGGUGGUUAGCCCCCUGUACGACAUCGAGGGCGACAGUGUGCCAUCCUACCCUUCUUCCUGCUAUUCCAACCCCGAGAAGAAAUCUGCCACAUCAAAGCCCCCCUAUUCCUUUAGUCUCCUCAUCUAUAUGGCGAUAGAGCAUUCGCCCAACAAGAGCUUGCCGGUGAAAGAAAUCUACAGCUGGAUCCUGGAGCGCUUCCCGUAUUUUGCCACGGCCCCCACUGGCUGGAAGAACUCGGUCCGGCAUAAUCUUUCCUUGAACAAGUGUUUCCGGAAGGUGGAGAGAAGCCACGGCAAGGUGAGAACUGGGCGCUUAUUGCUCUUCCUUUUGUUGAUUUUUAAACAAAAACCAAAACCGUAACCAGUUUGUUUUGCUUGUUGGUUUAAGGGAAAAGAUGGUGGAACUUCCUUUGAUUCAGAUGUUUUGUUGGAACACACAGACGCAAACCAUGUUUUUGUUGCCCUACACUUUUGAGAGGGAGUAGCCCUGUUCAGUUCCCUGCAGUCAAACCAAGAAAGGGUAUUUUGACGCUGUCCAAAAAGACUGACACUUUCCUUCCAGGGGAAUGCGGCCCCAUCCUGACCAGGCCUUCUUCCCACCUCCUGGGCUGGAGAACAUGGAACAUGUAACACCUCUGUCUUUUCAGAAUACGGUUUUUCAGAAUACGGUUUCAGUUUGUUGCUCCACAUCCGGUCCACCCAUCAGUUCCUACAGGCACCCAUCUAGCACCCUAGCCACCUAGGACUAGGCUGAUGUCAGCAGGUUCCUGGAAUCCUCUUUGUUGUGUGACCUUGUCGGGUCAUCUUAGUUUUCUUGGGAGCCUGGAUGAGAGCUAGGAGGCUGAGAGGCACUGGGUAGGGAGAUGCUUCAGAAUCUCAGUAUUUAUUAGCAACGUGCAACAAUAGUUUUAUUUGGUCUGUUUUUGCAACUUUUUUUUUUUAGUUUGCCAUGGUAAAAUUGAAAACAAAUUGGUAGAAUUGAAAACAAAUUGGUAGAAUUGAAAACAAAUUGGUAGAAUUGAAAACAAAUUGGGCUUCCACCUAACUUUGCCCGCCUCUCCAGAGUUUGUAGCUGCAGUAUUGGGAGCAAACCUCAGGCUCGUCUUGCUCCCCAGAAGCAGAUGGUGUCUUUCUAGCACAGCCUUCCUCAGUAUGGAGCCCUCUCAAUGUCUCUGGGCUACAACCCCCAUCAUUCCUGAUCAUUGGCCGUGCUGGCUGGGGGCUGGUCAGAGCUGGAGCACAAUAGCAUCGAGUUGGAGAAGAGUGUUGUCGUAGAUAGGGCAUGUGGAGGACUUCUGCUAGGUGUCCUUGUUUCAAGGAAGGAUCUUGCAGUUUAGGGGAAGAAAAAGAAACACCACUUUGGAAGAGUUUGUUGGCUUACGGAGACCCUCGUAGGUCUGUCCAUGGAUGGGCAAGAGCAUCAUGCAAGGAAGAUAACUUACCUGCAGCCAGUGUUCGAAGCUCCCAUUGUUCUAGGUGCAAUUUGCGACAUGGAAUUUCAUUAGCACGAGCCUGUGCUGGGCCCAGGGGUAACCACAGAACCGCGGCCCAGGUCUGGUCCAGAAUCCAUAGGCUCCGCUAGGAGACAGUCCGACAGGGUCAAGGCAGGACACAAGGCAGGAAACCAGGCAAGGACAGGUACAGGAUCUCAGGCAGGGUCUGGCAUACAGCAGUAUUGCUCCCGCAACCUGGGGCAGGGUCCAACAGUCUUUUAUCUUUGUCAGGGUAAUGGCCGGUCCUGAUCCCCCGGCGACUCACCUCCCUGUUUCACCCAAAGGCAAGCACUCCUCCUGUGACAACUCAGGUCUCUCCUUCUCUCAGACCUUAGUCUCUGCAUCUCGGGAGACGUCGGUGGGUUACUAGACUCAGGGGCCGCCUCAGCCUCCCCUGACCCAACCGGUAGUGGAGCAGCUGUAAGUGAUUGCCCAGCAGAGGGUAACGAGGUAAUCCCCGCAUCUGGAGCCAGGGCAGGCUCAGGCCCCUGACUCGGCCCAGCUGGCAUUUGUUGCAGGGGAACCAGUGCAGACUGGGACUCUUCAGGGUCAGGCCCCAGACUUGGUUCAGAUGAUGCCUGAGGCAAAGGAUCCGGUGCAGACUGAGACUCCUUUGGUUCCGAGUCUGAGCCCGAGUCCCAGGCCAUCCCAGAGCCGUUUCUGAGCUCUGCACCUAAGAUUUCAGAUUAAAACUGCAGAGUGGAAGGAAAGGAGGACCUUUUUCUGCCUUCCCACUUCCAGCUACUCUCUGAAGACUGGAGAAGAGAUCCUCUUAAGAAUAUUAGGGGGGGGUGGGCAGGGGAAGGACUAAACCCUUUGAAAAAUGAACAUAAUGUUUUAGAUGCAGUUCAUCCAUUUUCAGCACUGUAUUCUUGUUGUUAAAGGAAGCGUGCCUAGACAUUCCAUUGUUGCGCCCAUAACCUAGGAUGAAGGUGCCAUUUAUCUCCUAGCUCUCAUAUCUCAGUGUCUAACACUGCCCGCGGCAGGUAGCAGGAUACAAGGGACUAUCUCCAGUAAAUUGAGAUCAUUGGAACGGGUGCCGUCAAUGUCUGCGUCUGUGUAUUGGUAACCAAGGGAGUGGACAGGCACCCUCUUCCUCCCUUUCUGAACACUGAUGACUCAGUAAUAAUUACACACAAGCGUAAGACAUGCCGCAGAAGUUAAUAUUGGUGCCCUGCUUGCCCACUCUUGUUGCUUUCCUUGCUUUGGUACCUGCCCAGGUGACUCAGGCUUUUGCCAGCUCUUUUGGGUGUACCUUUCAGAGCCUGUCCGCCCUGGGGAAGGAUGUGGUUGUUUCAGAACAGCUGGAAAUUGCAUGUUGCGUCAGCCCCGCUUCCUAAAGUGGAAGAGAUUAGUUAUUUGAAAGUUGUGCUGUUUGCGGGGGGGGGGGGGGUAGAGACAGCUUAGCGUGUGAAGUAUGGGCUCAAAUAGCAGCCUGGUUUGUGUUGCCAUGGCAGCAUUUCCUCUUGCUUGGCUGGCUUGCGAGAGGCUGCCGCCGCCACGAUGCCGAGGUUGUGUUCCUGCUGAUCCGGUGGUGUGCCAUUUGCUGGGGGUGGGGGCGGGCAGGAGGGGGGGGAGGGAGGAACCUCUCUUUCCUCCGUCUUUUCUCUUUUUUUAAGCUCAGGCAUGAAGGCACGUACAAGGCACACGUGUGUGCGUGUUGAUGCAACCCGAACUCAGGAGUAUCAAAGGGGAAGAACACUGCCGCUUUUCUAAGUUGCUCUGCAAAACCGGUUUUGGAGUUCCUCACAGAGGAUCUGCUUAUGCAAUGGAAACAGGAUACGUGCGCAGAUCAGAUCUGCUGAAAUAACACAACUCGGCUUUGUUAUAUAGCCAGGGUAGCUGUCUGGAGCAGGGCGUGUUUCUCACCUGAGGGCCGUGCUUCCGCUAAAUUGGACCCAGUUUUCAGGUCAAACCUAACUGCAGAUAGAAAGAUGCCUUCUACUAACCAGGCCAUUGGUCUGCCUAGCUCAGUAUUGUCUACCUCUUUAGUAUUUAAGGCAGGAGUUCCCUCUCUAUGCUAUAGAUUGAGCAUAUGCCCUAUCAGUGUGGCUGGGGCAACCCAGUCAGAUAGCAGGGUAUUAUUAUUAUUAUUAUUAUUAUUAUUAUUAUUAUUACCACCACUGGCCCAUUGCUCUCUCAUGCAGAAAGAAGUGUGGACAUAGGGGUGCAAAAGUGGCCAAGAUCUGAACUUAAAAGCAAGCCUAUUUAUUGCUCCCUCUCCUUCCCCUGCUACUCUUGGAGCUGGUGAGAACUGCUAUUGGCUUCCAGGUUAAAAAUUUCCAAGCGUGUCUUUUGGAACUAUGAUUUGUAAAAGACCAGUAGUAAAUAGUGCAAGUGAUGCAAAACCUGCUUAUUUUGCUUUCCCAUGGAGUGGAGGCAGGGUAUGACAGAUGUUCAAGAAAUGCUCACUUUAAGGAAAAGAAAGUUGGUUUUAUUUUCUGUUUUUGGCAAUGUGAAGAUGCUAGGGGUGAGUCAGGAACUUCCCAAUCCAGUGUGUUUCUGCAGUUCAUCUUAUUUAGCUAGCUGACGUGUGCAGCCUGCCUGCCUUGUUCAAAAUCAUAGACUUUUUAGAAGCUGAAGGGUCCUUGGAGUUCAUCUUGUCAACAUGAAGGUUUUCUCCCUGUUUAUAUUCUCAUCACCGCUACAAAAAUGUCUGCUCGGACAAAGCAUCACAUUUUGGGAUUGGGAUCGCAGCUUCCCUUGUAACACACAGGUGUUACCUUCAAGACAAAGGCUGCUAUUUCCAAGCGUAUUUAGAAAUAACGGCCGCUGAAAGUAGACUGACUUAUUUCUGAUAACCUAGGCAAGGAGCUGACCUGCGAGAUCCUUUAUAGCAGGGGUAGCGAGCCUACUCCAACUCUCAUCAGCAUGGCCAAUAGUUAGCAAUUGUGGGAGCUGCGGUCCAGCAACAAAUAGCUGAGUUCUAAGAAGUACAUUCAGGGGAGUGAUUUCAGCUUCACCUCUGGUGAUGAUGAACUCAAGUGACUGGCCAGGACGAUCGGAUAAAGCUGUAAUACUUUCAGGAGAUGAAGUUGCCUUCCAUACCAAGUAGGAUGGGGUCUUAGGUGGUAGCCUUUUGUAGCCAGCCACCUAAAACCUGAAUACCCCAGGGUCUGAACCUGGGAUCUUCCACAAGCAAGCCAUAUUAUCUGCCACUGAUCCCAAGGUAGGCAACCUGGUGCUCACCAGGUCCUGAAACUCCCACUGCAUAGUACAGAUGCUGGCCAGUGUUGGGUAGUGGUUACAGGGUUAGACUAGGACCUUGUAGACUAGGGUUCAAAUUCAUGGAGAUCACUAGAUGGCCCUAGGCCCCAGUCACUGCCUCCCAGCCUAACUGAGCACAUGGGGUUGUUGCAGGGAUUAUUUUUUAAAAAGAAAAUUUUUAAAUUAGCUUUCCAAACUUUAUAAAUUCUUUUAAACAACUAUCAGAACAUGUAACUCAUAUUAGCUGACUUCCCACCCUUCUGUUGUGUUCUUUUCGUACCUUAGAAAGCUGCUAUAUUACUUAUAUUUUAGCCAUUACCUAUGUUAAUCAUAAAUGAUUAAACUACCACUAUCAGCUGCUGCACUUUAAAUCCUGCAUAACCAUGAUAUUUAUUUGAAAAUAUUUCCAUUCUUCAAUAAUUUUUUCUUCAUUCUGUUCUUUAAUUAUCACAGUUAAGUCUAGCCAUCUCAGUGUAUUCAAUCAUCUUUGUUCACCAUUCUUCUUUCGUUGGGACUUCAUCUUUUUCCAUUUUUAAAGGUUGUUUCAGGAUUUAAAGGAGGUGUGGAAGCACCAUGGACACCACUUUGAGCUCCUUGGAGAAUAAAUUUGGGGUGCAGAUGCAGUUAAUUAAAUAAAUAAGAGCUGCCUCGAGCACCCAGAAGAAAGAUCGAGAUGCAAAUGGAACGAAUGGUUGUUAUUUUGAAACAGGCUCCGUUAAUUCGUUGCCUGAAGAGAAAGAAGCCCAUAGCACCCUUUUCCACACGGCCUUUCCAAAUGAGAUACCAUUAGAAAUGCAAGCAAACCUGCUAUUAAGAAAUUACGCUAUUAAUUGUAUCCAUUACUGCUUUCAACACUUCUUAGUUUUUCAGCGAUGGUUUGCUUCCAGCAGGCGCUUUGAAGCAGAAUGGUUGAGUUACACACGUAAACCCCUCUCCUUCUCCUCCUUCGAUCACUCAUAGCUGAGUAAAACUGUCUUCCAUUAACAGUGAGUCCGUAAGUGAUUGUGGAGGCCAAUUCUGGAUCCACACAUCCUUCCACAGUGGGGACAUAGGUUUCCGGGCAGGAUUUGAUCAUGGUGUGGAUUUGCCAAGCGUGCCUUCCUCUUAGCAUGUUUCUCCGUUUCAUCCUGAGUUUGAGCAUCUUCAAAUGUUUGAGCAUCUGGCAAAGGCUGUUCUCCAACUGGAGCGCUCGCAGGCCAGGGUUUCCCAAUUGUCGGUGUUUAUACUACAUUUUUUAAGAUUUGCCUUGAGAGAGUCUUUAAACCUCUUUCGUUGACCACCAGCAUUCCGCUUUCCAUUUUUAAGUUCGGGAUAGAGUAGUUGCUCUACCCCUGUGUAAAAAGGAGGAGGAGGCUGCCUCAGGCAAGCCAAAAAUGUCUAUCUUGCGGCCUUGAACAUCAUCACGGGGAUUAAAGCUUGGUUCAGAUAUUUAUUCGGUUCCUGAAUCGUCAUACGAAAAGCCCCACUCAGUCAGGCCAAAGGCCCAUCUCAUCCAACAUCCUGUUCUCACAGUGGCCAACCAGAUGCCUAUGGGAAACCCACAAGCAAGACCUGGGGCAACAGCCAUCUCCCCACUUCUGAUGCCCAGCAAUUGUGUUCAGAGGCACAAUCCCCCAGCAGUGGUGGGAGGAACACAGCCAUCUUGGCUAGAGGCCAUUGAUAGCCUUAGCUUCCAUGAGUUUCUCUGAUCCUCUUUAAAGUCACCCAUAACUACCAUUGUUUUACGUAGCGGGGGGAAAUACCCCCUGGUAUUUUUCUGGUGCACACAGAAUGUGGCAUGUCUCUUGGGGAAAGGGGUGGAUUUGAAAGUGGAGGGCGAGGAAUGGAAUGGAGUAUCCCUGCUGGAACCCUGAACAGGAGCACUGCACGCUGCAACACAUCAUUGCAGACCCCACCUAUAAGCAGCAAACCAGCCAGAACAACUUCCGGCAAAACCAGCAUUUGGGCCACUGUCUCCCUGUGGACUUGCCAUAUUUUUGCCUGAUUUUAGGUUGUCUGGGAACAAGGGCAGGGCAAGGCUUUCUCCGUGUACUGAAGCCCACCCAUAGAAAAGUUCAGCAGGCUUGUUGCUUUCUAUUUAGUAUGUCUGUUAAGAACAUGGUGUUCUAACAAGGGUUUGUGGGAGUGUGUGUGUGAGAGAGAAGGCAGAUUCUAUGCCAAACCUAUCAGAUAAUUUCUUUUAGAGCCUGCUGUUACAGAAGUUAGAAUUGUCGUUUAUCCUGGCUUCGGGGCAGCGGAGCUCCUGCCCAUGGUGGGCAGGACCAGGUGCAAAAGCAAGUGCAGCAACGGAUGCCCGUUUUCUCAUCGUGACGCAGGCUAGUUUCUACACCUUCUCUGUUCUCCAUCCUGGAGAGCAAGAGGCUUUCAUAGACUUGUAGAUUUGGAAGGGACCCCAUGGGUCAUCUACUCCAACCCCUUGCAAUGCAAGGAUCUCAGCAAGAGCAUCCAUGACAGAUGGCUGGCCAACCUCUGUUCAAGGCCACAUUCCAGCCAGUCAAAAGCUUUUGAAGAGGGUGCAAAGCAGCUCUGGCGAGGGCGGUGGUUGGAGGAGGUAUGUGAUUUGGGGAGGGUGCUGAGGACCUGGUGGAGAGAUCUGGAGAGCUUGAGGUUCUCUAGGUGUAGACAGCACUGAUGUAGAGGGACCAGCUGCCUAGCUUGGCGUGAGGUAGCGUUGUGGUUCCUCUGUUGCUGUAAAAUCGAACUGUAUUCAAAACAGUCGUGUUUCUUAGGGUUUGAAUCAGGAUUGCUGAUGGUUUCAUGCCUUGAUACUGUGGCAGGCGUUGAGUAGGAUGUUUGGGAUGUCAUGAAACAUGAGGUUUUCCAUCGAUCUGCCGAGAGAGAUGUUCUCUCAGCUGGCAGCUUGACCCUUCUCCUCCCGCUUUUCAACUUGCUUCCUGGAUCUGAUGGGAAAGUGUUUGGGGUAGGGGGCUGGGGAUGGAGUUUGCAAACAAACACUUAUUUCCCAACAUCUGGUGCUGUGCAGAUGUUGUUGGGACUGCAGCUUUCCUCAGACCCCACCAGCAUAGCCAGAAAAACACCUGGAGGGCAGCACCUGUCCCUGUGCCUUUCUGAAGGACUGUCCCUGUCCCAAGGAACUGUGUAAGGUUGAUAAUUUUUUCCCCCUCCGGUGUGGUGGGUGCCAGGCAGAAGCUGUUGGAAAAACCUGUCUUAAGUGCCUGGAAGUGAGUGGCCGCCAUGUUUUAAAAAGGUUAACCUGUGCAUUGGCCCCAUUAAGUACAUAGGAUGGUUGUGAUGUUGCAGGAGAUUUGGUAGAAUCUUGGUGUGUGAAUGGCAGCCUUGCUCAACCUGGCACCCUCUAGACAUUGCUGGACUAUGACCCCCUAGCAAUGUUAGAAAUUAGACAGGUGACCAGGCGCAUUUUGCUACUGGCGCAGGUCCAGUUGCUCCCAUGUGGAGAUCUCUGGAUGCCAGGUUGCUGACUGGCAUCUCCAUCUGGCUGGAGCAGGUAAGAGGAAGAGCUUAUUUAUUGCAUUUAUUGUUGUUGUUAUUGUUUAGCCGUUUACGACUCUUCGUGACCCCAUGGACCAGAGCACGCCAGGCACUUCUGUCUUCCACUGCCUCCCGCAGUUUGGUCAAACUCAUGCUGGUAGCUUCAAGAACACAGUCCAACCAUCUCGUCCUCUGUUGUCCUCUUCUCCUUGCGCCCUCAAUCUUUCCCAACAUCAGGGUCUUUUCCAGGGAGUCUUCUCUUCUCAUGAGGUGGCCAAAGUAUUGGAGCCUCAGCUUCAGGAUCUGUCCUUCCAGUGAGCACUCAGGGCUGAUUUCCUGAAGAAUGGAUAGGUUUGAUCUUCUUGCAGUCCAUGGGACUCUCAAGAGUCUCCUCCAGCACCAUAAUUCAAAAGCAUCAAUUCUUCGGCGAUCAAUUACAUUUAUAGUCCACAUUUUUUCCAAGGAGUACGAUUCACACACACCCCUCCUCAGUUAAUCCCUACAACAACCCUGUGAGGCAGGUUAAGAGGCUGCGACUGGCCCAAGGUCACCUGAUGAGCUUCAUGACUGAGUGGGGAUUUGAUCUCUCAGGUCCUAGCCCAGGCAUAGGCAAACUCCGACCCUCCAGAUAAUUUGGGACUACAACUCCCAUCAUCCCUGACCACUGGUCCUGUUAACUAGGGAUGAUGGGAAUUAUAGUCCCAAACAUCUGGAGGGCCAGAGCUUGCUUAGGCCUGUCCUAGUCCGACAUUCCAACCACCACACCACACUGGCUUCCUAGAGUCCUUCUGCUAUGGGGCAGCUCUAUAAAUUAAGUAGGUAAGUAAAUAUUGGGAAAGGAAAAUGUCACCUAGAGAAGGAUCUGAAAUGUUUUGAAGUUUGUAUUUGUUUUAUUCUGGAUUGUAUUAUUUGAUGUUUUAAUGUGUUGUAAACUGCUUUGAGAUUUUUUUCUUUAAAAUAUAAAGCGGCAUAGAAAUGAUAUACCCGUAUAUACUUGAGUAUAAGCCAAGCCGAAUAUAAGCCGAGGCACCUAAUUUUACCACAAAAAACUGGGAAAACUUAUUGACUCGAGUAUAAGCCGGUUCACCACACCACAAACCUCCUGGUGGGCCGGAGUGCGUGUGCGCGCACAUGUGCACACGGCAGAGGGGGCUUCUCUCCCCCCCAGCCCCUCGCGUCCCCCUGCCUACCUAGGGUGCUGUCAAGAGGCAGAGGCUGGUGGUGGCAGCGACGGAGGAAGAACAAGCAGCCCAAAAUUGCUGCUUUUAGGCUGCCUGUUUCUCCUCCGCCGACAGCGGCAAAGGUGGAGGAGGAGGAAGGAGCAGCCCGAAAGGGACCCUCACUCGAGUAUAAGCCGAGGGGGGCUUUUUCAGCAUAAAAAAUGUGCUGGAAAAUUCGGCUUACACACGAGUAUAUAUGGUAUAUAUAUAAAAUUGCAAAUUCCACAGGAAAAAAGAUGCCUAGACAUUCCAUUGUGGCAACCGUAACCCACAUUUCAAGGUGCCAUUUGUUGAUUAGCUGAGAUACCUGAGUUUCUAACACAGCCUCCUAGCUGGGGCUGAUGGGAGUUGUGGUCCUGAACAUUGGGAGGCCCCCUUAAUUGAGGAAGCUUGAUGUACAGAAUGGUGCACAUACUUUGAAGUGCAAUUUGUCAGGCUUGGGGUGCAAGUCUGUCUCAGCAGCCUCCAGCCUGCCGUGAGCAUAUUUCAUCUACGACCCAGAGUCUCCCAAGUACCGAAAUUGGCAGUUCAUCAUCACACGUUUGCAAACUGGAUAUGCUGCUGCCUUAGGACCGUUUCCCCGCAGGAGGUAUCCUGGAAUGAGUCGGUUGUGGAAGUGGUGGUUCUGUCCUCUGACACGGCUUACACAAAAUGGGAGAAGUCCUUCGUAAUCAGCACGGGUGCUUUUGUUGUUUCCUAGGUGAAUGGAAAAGGUUCUUUGUGGUGUGUGGACCCAGAAUAUAAACCGAACCUAAUACAAGCCCUGAAGAAGCAGCCUUUCCCCUCUGCCUUUUUUUAUACCCCACCAGCAUCACCACUGAGGUAGGACUCUUGUUGCUCUACACAGGGCAAUCUGGGACGGGGGGUUGGUGGAAUGCAGAUUUCCGUCUAGAUCAGUGUUGUCCGCAGGUGGUGAUACAUUUUUUUGAAAAAAAUAGAACAUUAGUUUUGGUUUGGGUGAGUCUAGAAGAAAGAGUCAGCCAUAGCUUAGUGUUGAGAAGGUCCUAGGUUCAUCUCCAGACUCCCACACCCUCCUCCAAACAUUGUAGCCCUGCAAAGCCAUUGCCAGCCAAGAUCAGGCAACGGUGGGAUGACUCUGAGUAGGAGCAGAGGAGAAAUUCGAUUCAGCUCUCAUUGAACGGCGAACUUGCACAGUCUGCCCUUUGUGAAACAAGGCAUGAAGCGAAACACAGCCACCCUUCAAAAUUUGCAAAAUUCUGUGAAUUUUGCGGUGCAUUUCUCGAGGCAAGCAGAGCCAUAGAAUUGUAGAGUGGGAAGGGACCCUGAGGGUCAUUUAGUCCAACCCCCUGUGAGACAGGAGUAUCAACUUAAAUAGAUGACCAUCCAACCUCUGUAAUGUGUACAAAAAUGCUUAUACUGGGGUAAAGCGUGUCUGCAGGAAUAUGAACGUAUUGAUGGGAAGAGUGUCCAAGCACACAUAUUAGAGGAAAUAGUUUUUUAAAAAAGUGUAUAUCAGGCAAAAAUUAUAUAUAUAUAUAUAUAUAUAUAUAUAUAUAUAUAUAUAUAUAUUAUAUAUAUAUAUGCACACAUAUAUAUAUAUAAUAGGAGAAACGUUGCACUGAAACACUGAUGAAUUUUCAUGAGGACGCUUCUUUUUUUAAAAAAAAAGUGCAAACUGAUUUGAACAUAUGAAGAACUGAGUUUAGGACUAGAAAAAAUGAGAAACACACACAGAGAGAAAAUAAGACUUAGCCAUGGCUCAGUCUAAGACAGCUUCACAUGUUGACCACCUUCUUUAGAUUAUCCUUGCUAUUCUGCUUGAAUAUAGGAAGCAUCUUUUUAAAAAAACAACGGCAACAGCUGAAUGUUUGUGUUAGCUGAGAGACUCUUACUGGAAUCUAUAUCCCAGUGGAACGUCUUGAUUAAAUGUUAUGGGCAAUUUGCAUUUGAUAUCCCUUCUCUGAUAGAAAGCAUACAGGAGCAGAAUGGGUGGGAAGCCAUUUUUGGCAAUUCCUUCUCCUCCCUCCACCCUCUGCAGCUCAUCCCCUCCCGGUCAGCUCUGAAGGCUCACCACAAAACCUAAAACUAAGGAACUGAGAACAAAUUAUAAAGAUCAAGAGUAGCCAACAUGGUGGUCUUCAGAUGUUGCUGAAUUGCACCUUCCAUCAUCCCUGACCAACAGGUCACAUUGGCUGGAGUUGGUGGGAGCUGGAGACUGUCAACACCUGAAGACCUCCAUGUUGGCUGCCUCUGAUAAAGAGAUCGUAUAGAUUUUAACUAGGCUUGCUUCCAAGUAAGUGUUUUGAAGAUUGUAGUUGCAAGCUAAAAUUAAUUUUCUGAUCGCAUUUGGGUUAUGCAGAACUUGUUUUUUUGCAUGGGGGAGAUUGGGGGUAUUUAUGCUCCCAGUUUAGAAGAUGAGCCAACUGUGUCUGAUAGAAAAAUGAACUUGUGGUGGGAGAAAAUGGAGCUCAUAGCUGGCUCUUAGCCCAGGUCACAACCACCAGCCUACGGUAGAAACAGUUUGCCCGUUGCAAACACAGGAAUGCCUUUCAGCCAAGGCUGCCCCUCGAUGACGUGCAGUGAGGAGAAAUCCAUUCCAGCAACGAAUCCAACGGAGAAAAUAUCAAUUGGUGUUUUACGCAAAACUGACGCUCUGCCCAAUUAACGAAAGAGUUAGAUGCGCUCUAAAAAUCGACAGAACUAAUCAACUUUAGGAGAAAUCUUUAACCUGACCAAGAUGGAAAGGCCUUCCUGGCAAAGCGCCAAGGCUGAAAUGAAAUUUUGGGAGUCCCUUAACAACAAAAAGUCGAGCCUGUAUCCAUGUCUGGCAUGAACUGAAAAACAGCUGACGUGCUUUGCUUUUGUUUUUCUUUCUGCCAGAAGCAUUGCAUAUGUAGGAGCACAGAGAUCGGAGCUUGGUAGCUCCCAAGGGUGGCUGGACCCUUUGGGAUUGGAAGAGUGGAAGGCAGGGAGGACAACAGUCGCUUGAGCAGAGCCUCCCGCUGACUGGUUGCAAGUAGACUGAAGUUGGUGGGCCACAGGUGUUAAACGCUGACAAGAUCUCACUCCUCUUUGCAGUUGUGCUGCAGCUUUCUGCACUAACUGCAGAUUCCGGAUCAGGCACAAGGGAGGGCCCACAGAGAGCGCAUUGCAUUAAUCCAGCCUUGAAGUAACCUAUGCAUGAGUGGCUGUGGCCAGGCUUUCCACUCAAACAUGGCUACAGGACUGCAGGCUGUGUUUUGAAUGUGAACGGUAGUGUCAUAACUAGAAGAUGUCUUGCCAGUUUUUGUUUGGAUAUUCCAGGGCCCAAGACAGACUUCCUGUUACAGACAGAAUGUCAGAUGGGGAUGGAGGAGAAACUCGAUUCAGUUCGCAUGUGAAGCAGUUCGCAUAUGUAACUUGUAGCUUUUUAAACAAGACAACAAUCCGAAACAUGGCCAUCCUUCAAAAUUGGCGCUUCUCUGAAUUUUGCAGGGCCAAACAGUGUUUACAAAAAUGCACAGGCUGGGCUAAAAAUGAAAACAACAUACAAAAGAUGCAUUACCUGGAGGAAAAUUGCUUUGCAAAAAUGUGUAUGUUAGUGGUAAGAUUGCAUAUGAAAAGGUUUGUGUUAGGAGAAAUUUGCCCUAAAAAUGUGGAUGAAUUUUCACAAGGACUUUAAAAAGAAAAUUCUACACUGCUGUAGAAACAUGGGGAACUGAAAUUGGCAGAUUUGCUGUUCUGUCGUGUCAAACUGCUGCCCUUCUUUGGGUUAACAAAUACUGCUCCUGAGGAGACGAGGUCCUUUUAAAAUCAUCAGGGCAGCUAAAAGUUCUGCAGUGUUGUCCCUGAGGUAGAUUAUGUGCACCACUGCAGGAAGGACGCAUGACUUCCAGUCCCCUUUUCCCAAAAUAGACCAGAGCGCAGUAGAAAUUCUUGCCAGGAGGGCUCCUGUUAACAGAUGCUUGUUUCAGACUUUAUUCUCCAACUCACUUAGGGAAAAUCAUCUUUAAAGUGACACACACACACACAGAGAGAGAGAGAGAGAGCAUUCUUUACAAAGAUGGCUUAAAAAAAUAUGUGGUGGUGUUUGGCUUGAGAACACUUCCCACACACUUUAGAACAGGAUUUGCAAGGCCUGUGCUGGAGCUCAGGGUUCGCGGCCCUGGAGUAAAGCCAAAUCUAGAGACUGGGGUUUAAAGCAAGACAGGAAGAAAUGACAAGGGAAACUGUUUCUGAGAAAGAAACGGCAGGGCACGAGGACGCAGGAUCAGGAUAAAAAGCACAAAACGGUUGCUCAUUAACAGAGGUUCUAGUCCUCAGGAUUAUGAAAACCUGAAGGUGGAAUCCAGAAACGUAGUCAGUUGCCUUAGACCAGUUCGAACUAUUUGCCCAAGUAGCCCAGUAUUAUCUCACUGGAAGUGGCACUUCAUGAUCUUAGACAGAAGUUUUUUCGCAUCACCUGGAACAGGAGAUGCCAGGGUUGGAACCCCAGACAUUCUGCAGCCAGAGUAUUGCCCAUCACUGAACUCUGUCCCCAAUGGGUGCAGAAACGUUUUGGUCUGGUGGGACAGAUCUUUAUAUCCCAACACCCCACCAGCUAACUCUGACAGGUGGGCAGAACAACUCACUUGUCAAUCAUCUGAUAUCAUAAUGAUAUCAGGUGCUCAACAGGUCCCACCAAGUGGGAUUGAAGUCCCUGUGCACUAGUUGAUGGGCAGGAGGCUUGAUCCUGUUUUCUACACCAACUGUGCCUCUGCCUGCCCCACACAUAUAGGGCAUCAGGUGUGCUACAGCUGGGUGUGGUUUGGGGGAAAUGGUCUGACAGGCCAAAUGGGGACUGUUUCACAUAUUCCACACUGGCCAGCCAGGGUUUUUAAUCAAGUGUCUUCUCAAAGGGAUUUGCAGUCAAUCUCCUGAUGAGCAAGCAAUUAUGAUAGAGGUGUGUUUUCAGACACCUCUGUCUUGCUCACACUGUCAGUGUUUAGAUAUAAGCUCCCUUCCACAACUCAUUAGUUUCACGUCUUUGAAAAGUAAGUCUGAAUAAGCUCUCAGUCUGUGGCAAGCUGUCAAAUGUGCCAGUGGGUUUAGAUGCAGUCCUUUUAUUUCUGUUUUCUUGAGUUCAGUAGCAAAAAUGCCAGUUGCGGAUAUAAUAUAAUAGGCAAGCUUAGCAGUUUUUGACUUUGUUAACUAAAUGCCCGCAAAAGAAACCUGUUCGAUUAGAUCACUUUCCUGGGACAUCAGAAAAUGUUCAGAGGCAAGGUGCCCUAGGGAUUUGCAUAGGGAAACCUCCCAGCUCAAUCUUCUCCAGAAAACCCACAUCACAGAUUAGGUCAGCUCUGUAAUACACCAGGUUUAAGACUCACACCAGGCCAGCAGUCCUUGUUGACAUCACUUCUGGUACAGGAGAGAUCCUGCCAUUUUGAAAUCAUUGAAGGUGCAAAUAUGGCUAGACUAAGUGAAUUCUGUCUUGGUUCAGCACAGUCUCUAAACCUUCUUUCUCCUCUCUUCCAGUGGUUCACCUUCUCCUCACUACUUAACCUCAGUUUUGAAACAGAAUCAGGGUCGAUCUAUCAAAGGUAAGAUGUGCUAUCCAUUGUCCAUCUUUUAGCUCUCCUUUGGGUGGCUUUAUAAACUCAGUCUGUGGCCUGGUAUAGAUGUUGUGGCCAAAUUAUGGUUUGGUCAUCAUGAACAACAAAUUCCUUCCUGGCUUGGGGAUUUGAGCACAUGAGGGGAGGCAGGAAUGCACAAACCCAAAGGCUGUUCACAAUGGCUAAACUAUAAUUUGGCCACAACAUUUGUACUGGAUCACAAAUCAUGCAACUUGUGGCCACCACAAACGUAUCAGUUUGCAUCCCAAACCAUGGUUUAAACCUGUAGAUGUGGUUUAGUUGCAGCAUCUGAACUCGGCUUGGUUGUUUCCAGGAGUUCUGUUAAAGGUCUUCUGUCUUGAGAUUUUCCAUUCUAGUUUCUCGGACCAGUCUAAGGCCUCAUCUGCAUUAUCCAUUUUAAAGCAGCUCUUUACAACUUCCAACAGUCAUCUCUUCCCCCAAAGCAUCCUGGGAAGUGUAGUUUGUGGAGGAUGUCUGUUCCUGUGAGAGCCCUAUUCCUAUCACAGAGCUACAAUUCUCAGAGUGGUUUAACAAUUAAUCCCUCUUUCCUGGGAACUCUGGGAAAUGUAGUUCUGUGAGGAGAAUAAGGAUCUCCUAACAAUUCCCAAUCCCCACAACAAAGUAGAGUACCUGGAAUUCUUUGGGGGAAGCCAUGACUGUUUAGAGUGGUUCGGUACUGUUUUGAAUACAUAGUGCAGAUGGGGCCUUAAAGCACCAAUUUCAUCUGAACUUUAGUCUCGAUUCCAUCUUCUUUUUUAACAGCUGCAUUUGCAAUCAGGACUCCUCUAAAUCUUAAAUUGUUUUUUUCCAUUUAUCAUUUAGAUGUUUUUCAGCAUCUCAACUUGUCUUCCCUUUUCGCCUUCUCGAUUCUCACCCCUCCCUGCUAGCCCUAGCACUUUAUUUUGCUUCAGUGAUUGUCUGGCUAUUCCUUCCAACUUUGUAAUUGAUUAAGCACUUGGAGGAGAUUGGGGCGCUGAACAAGAUCUGUGUUCAUCCAUUUUUAAAUUGGUUGUUGCAAUGAUGUGAUCUAGAGAACCAGGGUGGUUGGUACCUAUCAGCAUGAAUGUGGGGGAAUCCAGUGUGUGUCAGCUGUAGAAAAGGCACACUAGGGAUCUUUAGGAAUGGGACUGAAAAUUAAAGUGCUGUUACCACAGUAGCAUCAAAGAAAUCUAUGGUGCAACCACAUUUGGAAUAAUGUGUGCAGUUCUGGUCGCCUCACCUCAAAAAGGACAUUGUAAAGCUUGAGAAGUUUCAGGAAAAGGCACCAGAAAUGAUCCAAGGGGAUCGAGCAACUGCCCUAUCAGGGAAGGCCACAACUUUUAGACCUUUAGCUUAGAGGUGUGUUAAGAAGGGACGUGGUGCUGGUAUAUAAAAUGAUUCAUGCUCUGGAGAAAAAAGAUUUUCUCCCUCAUAAUGCUAGAACACAUGGGCAUCCAAUGAUGUUGAAUGUUGGAAGAUUCAGGACAGACAAAAGAAAAUAGUUUUUCUUGCAGUGCGUAGUUAAAGGAGAGAAUUUGCUGCCACAGGAUGCAGUGAUAGCUUUAAAUGAGGAUUACACAAAUGCAUGGAGGAUAAAUCUAACAACAACAACAACAAUAACAACAACAUUAUUUGUGCCCUGCCCAUCUGAUUGGGUUGCCCCAGGCACUCUGGGUGGCUUCCCAUAUAUAAAAAAACAGGAAAAUUAAACAUUAAAAAGCUUCCCUAUAUAGGGGAAGAAUAGAAUCAUAGAAUUGUAGAGUUGGAAGGGACCCCAAGGGUCAUCUAGUCCAACCCCCUGCAAUGCAGGAAUGUCAGCUAAAGCAUCCAUGACAGAUGGCCACCCAACCUCUGCCUAAAAGGAGAAUCCACCACUUCACAAGAGAGUCCGUUCCACUAUCAAACAGCUCUUACUGUCAGAAAGCUCUUCCUGAUGUUUAGUCAGAAUUUCCUUUCCUGCAACCUGAAGCCACUGGUUCGAGUCCUGUCCUCCAGAGCAGGAGAAGACAUAGCCGGCCGGUAUGGCUGUGUUUCACUGCCUCACCUGUCAGAGGCAGUAUGCUGGGAAUCACAAGCAGGAAUUGGAGGCUUCCCAUGGGCAUGUGGUUGGCCAAUAUGAGGACAAGAUGCUGCACUGGGUGGGCAGGCAGGGCUUGGCAAUUGCUUGGCUCUGAAGCUCACUAGGUAUCCUUGGUCAAGACACUUACCUCACUUCUUAUCCUAAACCAUGGGUAGGCAGGCCAAAUCGCCUUCUAAAUCUGACCCGCGGACAGUCCGGGAAUCAGUGUGUUUUUACAUGAGUAGAAUGUAUGCUUUUAUUUAAAAUGCAUCUCUGAGUUAUUUGUGGGGCAUAGGAAUUCGUUUAUCCCCCCCCCAAAUAUAGUUCGGCCCCCCCCCCCCCAAGGUCUGAGGGACAGUGGACCGGCCCCCUGCCGAAAAAGUUUGCUGAUCCCUGUCCUAAACUAAGCGUGCUUUUAAAAGCAUAGUCAUGUUUCACUCCUCUAGAUGAAACCUAAUGGAAGGCAAUUUCCUUUUUCUUUUCCAGACUCUGAUAUUGAUGCUGCUACUGCCAUGAUGCUCUUGAAUACUUCCAUUGAAGAAGGCAUUUUAGAUUGUAAGUAAAAAUAAGUUUUUGCUGCCUUUCUGUUUUUCAGUGCUGCUGCUGUAUUAAAUCCCUUUUCAAAUGCAAAAUUUUAGUUAGAGCGGUUGAUGGUUUCUUAGAAAACACUUGAGGCCAUUUAUUUCUGGUUUGUUUGUUUGUUUGUUUUAAAAAGCCCUCCUUUAGAAUAUUGAUUUGCGACAUGAAAUGAAAUAAUGUACACCCUGUUGGCUUGGUAGAAAGUCCCGUUGUGUCCAGUUGGACUUACUUGCAGGUAAACGUCUUUAGGAUUACAGCACAAGCUAAAUCUUACUUUGAAACAGUACCGCAUCUUGGAAUACGUAUAUGGCUUAUUUAUUUGUAAAUGUAAUUUUAAACACUGACAGCUCAUAUUAAACCAUUAAUGUUAAACUAACACGGGUGGUGCUGUGAGUUAAACCACAGAGCCUAGGACUUGCCGAUCAGAAGGUCGGCGGUUCGAAUCCCCGCGACGGGGAGAGCUCCUAUUGUUCAGUCUCAGCUCCUGUCAACCUAGCAGUUCGAAAGGACAUCAAAGUGCAAGUAGAUAAAUAGGUACCGCUCUGGCGGGAAGGUAAAUGGCAUUUCCAUGCGCUGCUCUGGUUCACCAGAAGCGGCUUAGUCAUGCUGGCCACAUGACCCAGAAGCUGUACACCGGCUCCCUCGGCCAGUAAAGCGAGAUGAGCGCUGCAACCCCAGAGUCGGUCACGACUGGACCUAAUGGUCAGGGGUCCCUUUACCUUUAAGACAGUUUUAACGAAGCAGUUGGUUACUCUAUUCAAAUCCUUUACCCAAAUUACGCUUUUAUUCCCUCUAACCCAACCCCCCCAUUCAGCCUCAUCUACACUAUAACUGGGGGUUCUGCUAGAAGCCUCUUUUCCAACCCUUUGCUAAGCUUUUGUCCUGCAGCAAUGCCCUGGAAAUAUUCCCUGUAAUACUCCUCCUACCUGUCACCGUUCAAAGAUGUUCUUCACUUCUCCUCUUGGCACUGCAGACAGGCCUUUUCUCCCUGCCUUUUCAGCCUAGGGUGGCUAGUUGAAGUAGGCCCAGCAAGUCUUUGGUCACUGUGCCUCUCCUCCUCCCUCUCAGGUCUUCCUCCCCAAUCCUCUCCUUCAGCUUCUUUCUUCUUCUGGCUCUCUGCUGACCAGUGCCGGGCUAUAUAUACACUCCUCUGGCCCAACCCCAGCCAAUCAUGCAGUGUAACUGAAAAUUCUAAACCUGCACCCACCAAUCAAAUGACACACGCCUUCUAUCCUUCAUUUGCAUUCCGAGAAUUCGAAUGCCAACCCUUCCUCACAGCUGUCAGUUAAGGCCCUUUUCAGCCACAGUUAAACCAACUGUUGCCGGACCACACAGAAAACUUCCCACAUAAAUGUAUGUUCCGAAUCAAAUGUUGGGAAUGCCUUACACAAUGCAUGGGAUUUCUCAACAACAGGGUCCAAUAAAUUCUGAAGGGCACCGUGGUGACUAUUAUUAAUCUAUUUAUUAAAUUUGCUUACCUCCCUUCAUCUGUAGAUAUCGGAGAGGUUCGUGACAUAAAAAUACAUAACCACAAAUCAAUAAGCCACCCCCCACUCUUGCCUUAGACUGUUCUAAGUGCACCAGUAUUUAUUAUUUUUAAUGAUUUUAUUGAUACAUCAUGACAGCAACAACAAAACAGAAGAGAAAACAAUACACGCACACACACACAUGCACACACACACACACACACAUGCACACACACACACACACACACACACAGAGCAAUAAAAAGAUAUUAGAAAUUAGAUAAUGACAAUAAAAGUUACAAAAGUAACUAAAUUUAUUUAUUAUAUCAGUUUGUUAUGGGACGGGGGUGACACUGUGGUCUAAACCACUGAGCCUCUGGGCUUGCCGAUCAGAAGGUCGGCGGUUCGAAUCCCCACGACGGGGUGAGCUCCCGUUGCUCAGUCCCAGCUCCGGCCAACCUAGCAGUUUGAAAGCACGUCAAAGUGCAAGUCGAUAAAUAGGUACCGCUCCGGCGGGAAGGUAAACAGCGUUUCCGUGCACUUCUCUGGUUUUGCCAGAAGCGGCUUAGUCAUGCUGGCCACAUGACCCGGAAAAACUGUCUGCGGACAAACAUUGGCUCCCUUGGCCAGUAAAGGUAGAUGAGUGCUGCAACCCCAGAGUCAUCUGCGACUGGACUUAACUGCCAGGGUUCCUUUACCUUUCUAUAUCUGUUUUUUAAACUGACAGUGUGUCCUUCCUUCGAAAGCAGCCCAGGGCACCAAACACAUCUGUAAUAAAAACACAAUUAGAAAUAAAGUGAAGACAUAUUUAAAGAAGGUUUGUGGCAUCUAAAAAAACAGAUAGUAACAAAAUCAUGUGUCUGGACAGGCCCGCCAAAACAGAAAACUUUUCAGCAGGGGUCUAAAUCAGUGUUUCCCAAAGUGAGUGGCCUUGCCCCCCCCCAGGGGUGGCAGGAUUGCCUGGGGGCGCUAAGGGGUCACAGAGGAGGCGGCAGGGGGACACUGGAGGUGUAAAUAACUAUCAGACUUUGGAAAGCUGGUAUCACUGGAUCAAAUUCACCCAAUUUAAAAAAAUAACCACUGCACAUAGUUUUAACUGCAUUUUGGAUAAAUGUGGCAUUAAUGGUUACUGUUUUGAAUUUUAUCGUGCUAUUAUUUUCCUUCGUGGUUCAUGGAAACUGCUAUUCUGAAUAAUGCUUUUUGUAGGGUAUGGGGCAAUAGGGAUGAGUUAAUGGAGUUAAGUGGCCUGGAAAUCUUUGGGAACCUCAGGUCUAAAAGAUGGUGCUUGCCGAACGCUGGUAUUGGAAACCUGACCCCUUUCAUAGAAUCAUACAAUUGUGGAGUUGGAAGGGUCAUCUAGUCCAAACCCCCUGCAAUGCAGGAAUCUCAACUAAAGCAUCCAUGACAGAUGGUCAUCCAGUCUCUAUUUAAAAACCUCCAAGGAAGGAGAGUCCACCACCUCUCGUGGGAGUCCGUUCCACUGAUGAAUGGCUCUUACUGUCAGACAGUUUUUCCUGAUGUUUAGUCGGAAUCUCCUUUCUUGUCGCUUGAAGCGGUCGGUUCGAGUUCUACCCUCCAGAGCAGGAGAAAACAAGCUUGCUCCCUCUGCCAUGGGAAAGCCCUUAAGAUAUUUGAAGGUGGCUUUCGUUAUCUCCUCUCAGUCUCCUCUUUUCCAGGCUAAACAUAGCCAGCUGCUGAAAAGCCCGGCCAAAACAUCUGGAGGGCAUCAGGGUGGGGUGGGGAGGCACUGAUCCCUCCCACUUCUGACAAGACUCUUUAUUUUCCUCAGGUAAGAAGCCGCAGCCUCUCAAGCCGUCCAAGAAAAGGAAUUACGUCAGCACGUUCCAAAGCCACGGCAAGGCAAGUCCCGGGGGGAGCGAUUUCCCCGUCCCCAACAUUGACCCCAACGAGGACCACAACUACAGCGCCAGCAGCGUGGCCUCGCAGCGCUGCGUGUCGCCCUCGAGUGUGUCUUCCCUGUCGUCCGUCGACGAGGUCUACGAGUUUGUCUCUGAGGCCAGCCGGGUGGGGAGCGAGGGCAGCGAAGGGUUCCACAGCGAGGUGGACACGGACGGAGACGACCGUGAAGAGGACGAUGACGACGACCCCCUGGCCGAUAGUGGCUACACCUCGCAGCCGUGCCUCGCCGCCUCGGACAAGGCCCAGCCUCGCAAGAAAGCCCUGGAGGAGCUCUGCCUAGAAAUCGACGAGGAACUGAAAGAGGCGGCCGGGUCUCUGCUUCAUCUAGCCGGGAUUAGCCCCUGUCUAGGCUCCCUCAUAAGUACUGCAAAGACCCAUAGCCAGAAACGAAGGAGAAGGAACGACGUCACAGCCUGAGAAGUGUGUUUGGGGACGGGGCGGGGGGGGAGAAGAUACGUCUAUCAAUAGAGAUAAAUGCAUAUUUUAUUUUUUAGCGUGGCAAUACUCCUCUACUUUUUACCCUUCACAAGGGAGAUCAAAGCCAUAAAAGGACUUUUUGUUCAUGUAUUUUUAUUUUCACAGAUUAUAGUUUUGCAAUUUGUUUCUUUUUUCUAAUUGCAAAAGCGGUGGUUUUGAAGCAUUGAAGAGCGGAUUACAAUUGUGCAAAACAGGUGGGGCGGGGGCAAACCAACCAACCAAACAAACCAACCAACCAACCAACACAGCAGUUCCUUCCCCCUGAUAAUUUUAGCAAAGUUGAAUAUUUGAGUUUAUUGGAGGAGUGGGUGCCAUUAUCUCUGUCAUCUCAUACCUUGUACGUCUCUUUGGGUUUGGAACCUGGGGGCUUCAUUUGACCUGUCUGAGUUCAUAGGGCUCUGCGCAGAGAACAGGGCAGCCAACCAAAUGUUGGGAGCUAGACUGCAGCUCCCUUCUGCCCUCCCCAUUGGCUGUGCUGGCAGGGGUUGACGGGAGUUGUAGUCCAACAGCAUCUAGAGGGCCACACAUGCCCCAUUUCCUCCAAUGGGAGUGAAGAAUUGUGCCUUGCUUCCUGGCGCACCUGUUCCGCAGCGAGGCCUGGUGUUUGUAUGUUAUGGCGCAUAAAGUCCAAUGUGUAGCCGGUCUUUCUCUAAUUUUUCGGGGAGAGGGUGGAGUGGAUGCAGUGCCUGCAUUGAACUCUACACAUGUAGUUCUCAGCCUGCAUAAUUUUUGGCCCUCAAAGAUCAGUCGGUGGCGAUCAAGCGGGAAAAGGCUACAUGGACUGUCUCCUGUUCCAGACUGACAUGCAAUUCACAAAUCCCAGGUGGGACUGAAAGUGGAGGGAGGUGCAUUGGGAGCAGGAGAAUAAGCAGGCGCAAUCCUGCCCCCUCUCUCUGUGCCCACGGGCUCCUACCUCUGUCGGUUCUAGACCAGGGGUAGCCAACAUGGUGCUCUUCCAGUUUUAGACUACAUCUUCCACCCUUCUUGAUCAAUGUCCAUGCUGGUUGGGGCUGAUGGGACUUGGGAGUCCAGCAAGAACGGAAGGGCAUGGAGUUGACUAUCCCUGAGCUGGUUCUGACACCUUCACAUGUUCAGAUUUAAGUAUUUGCAAACGCAGGAUAAGGUCUACCAGCUUUCAGCUUGGCUUCCGUUGUUGCGUAAUUGUCUCAUGUGCAAGUCGAGGGUCUGGAAUAACCUGAAUACUAGACAACUGCCAUCGUGGGCCAGUUACCGAUUGACUCAUGUCUGCAAUAACACAGGGAGGGUGUUGGGAAUGCAACAUGUAAACGUGGAUGUUUUUGAGACUCUUGAAGGGUUUAUCUCCACUCUUAUCCUCACCUUCCUUGGAACAGCACAAAAUAAGGAGCUGGUUCCUUUUCUUUUCUUUUCUUUCUUUCUUUCUUUCUUUCUUUCUUUCUUUCUUUCUUUCUUUCUUUCUUAUAGUUAUUAUAUUUUAGAUCUUCAGUGCACACUUUAUUAGCAAACCCAAUGUUCUUUUGGUCUCGAUAUCCAGAUUGAGUGAAAAAUGUUGACUGCUAAAAUUGUAAAUGACUGUUGCACAGAGAACUUGUAGUUACUUGUUCAGGUGAAGCAUAAUGAAAUGGGUUUCUUUUGUUUUAAGGUUACGGUGGUUGAUACUGGCCUACUUCUCACUGAGGAGAAAAGCUUGUUCUGGACUGGACCAUUUUAGGCUACAGGUGAGGGCACACACAAUUGAUUACUGUUCUGCGUGAAGCAGAAAACCUCAAAUAGAAAACUAGGUGUCCAGGGGAAGGACUCUAGCCUGGCUUUCUUCCUGACAUCGAGUUCUUUUAAAUGUAAAAAUCAUUCAAAUCGUGGUGCAGCUUUACACUGUGUGAGCCCCCACCUGCAGUCAGAAGCAGAACCGUACAAACAGAGCUGGCAGCCUCAAUGAGGACUAGGUUCUUGAAUGCAUUCUUACUCCACUUGGAAAACCGGCCUUUUUUUCUUCUCUUCUACUGUGUGCUUCAGUCUUGCACUGUAUUAACCUAGCAUCCCUCAAGAAGACAGUAUAUAAUACGCAGCCUUAAAGGGCACCGUUUUCUAAACGUGUGCAUGCGCAGAGUCACGCUCCCUCCUUAAGACUGUGAGAGGAGCGUAGGAAAUGCCUGCGGUUGAUGGUUAGCCGUCCGUCCCAUCUUCCUUGGGGAGCAGUGACCGUUAGAAUUCUGACUCCUGUUAAAAUCAGCGGGAAUUUUGCCAUGGUUCGUGCAGCCAGAACGGCACCUUUCUUUUUAUCCGUUAUCACAGCAAUAAUAUCCCCUGCCUUGUCAAGUAAGCCCAAGAGCUCUGUGCUUGCUCUUCCGCCAACACAGUAUUCUAGCGCGUGCUUAAAAUGUAACGUGGGAAUGGUAAAGAUGCGCCUGUGAAGCCCUGAGUGCGGGCUAACUCUAGGUAAUGAUCCAGAGACCUUCCAUCUUCCGACACAGCCUUUUCUGUGCGAUGACAUAUGCCUUGUGCAUGGACUUCCACGGGAAACCUUUGUGUAUUUUACCAUUCCCACGCACCAUAACACAGGUUGUUUGUGUCCUCCUGGGUCUUCUGUGGUGGCUGCUGUGUUGUUUGGCUGCUGUUAGGCAGCUGGAGGCAUCGUUGCCUGAAUGGUGCGGCCAGUCUGCCAUCCAGGGGGCAGGUAUGUAGUCCAGUCCAGACCUUUUGCUGUUCCUGGCACUUGUAAUGAUGAGUUUUGGAGACGGAGUUUUGGAGAUUUAUCACCGAGGGCGGUGGGGUGAAUCCUGCACCCAUGUCCUGUUGGGAAAUGGCCCUGACUGGAGUGAAAUGGUAGCCUGGGAAAUGGAUUGUCACAGUGCCACUAGAAAGAUCUCCCAUGUCAGUCCCGUCUGAGUCUCUCCAGGGAGGCACAGCCAAGCUCUUACCCCACUCCUGUUCCUUUCGGUGGAUGCUUGUGCAGGAAACAUUUCCACAAAGUGCGCCCUGUGGUUCUGAGAACCCCUUGAGCGUUCUUUUGCAACGAUCAAAGCAUUAGCGUAGCUCAUUCUGCCUGGCAUGGAGGGUCAGCUUGAAGUGCCACUUUUUAAUUUCUUUCCUGUGUUUCCGAGUGUUGAGCAGUCACGAGCGGCUGGUUAAGCAAACCUCGCCUCCCCAUUAGCAAAAUGCUUCCAGGUUGGCAGAGAACGAAGGCGGGAAGCUAAACUUGUAUUAAUGGCGCAGAGCUUCUCUGGCUCCUUGGUGACUAAGCCAGAGGUGGUCAAGAGUUCUGAUUUCACUGCCUCUUCAUGAACGCAAGCCGCCUUCUACACUCUGCCAGCUUAAUAAUUCUUGAAACUAUUCUGCGGACACCCCCGCCCCAUCCCUCACGCCUUCUAUAUGUCUUGGGCUACCAGUUCCAUUGCUGAUGACCAUUGGCCAUAUUGGGUGUGCUGAUGGGAACUGGAGCUCAGCAAGAUCCAGAAAGCAUCCCAUUGGCUACCCUUGCUGUGGAGUUUCAAUGCCUUGGGCUGGGAUCCAGUGAACCCAAACCAGGCUUUCUCCCAGCUCUGGACCUUGACGUGGUUUGCUGGAUCCCAACUACUCUCAACUGCAUAAUCUGGUCAAGAGAAUCUCCCAGUGUAGGCCUUACGUUUGCAAGGAUUUAUGUAGCAUUCCACCCCCUCCUGGAAUUUCAGAGGAAAUCUUUCGUUCAAAUGAUAGUAAACUGUAAAUGGCUCUUGCUCUGUAAUCAUGUUGCUAGUUUCUAGACAAAAAAAGUCUCUAAUGCAUGGGUGUUUGCACGCUCUCACCUGUUUGUACACCACUUUCUCUGAUGUAAAAGUCUAUAAACGCCAAUGGUGCCCAUCGUGUAUGUUGCCUGCUGCUUCUCUUCUCCCCAGAGGUUCUGAUGGAUUGGCCAAAACAAUCUUCUUGCUGAAAAGCCCUUUUAGAGCCGUUUCCUGUGUCACUGUUUUGCUUCCCAGAACUUCACGGCAACAAGUCAAACAUGGGAAGGGUUUACAAGUGGGUCUACCUGCAAGUCAGACAUGAUGCUAUGUGAUUUAUUUCUUUAAAAGUUUAUAGGUUUUAAAAAGAAAUUGAAUACUCUCAAAGGACAUCUUUAAGAAGUCCACUAGAACAAAAGAAAACAGAAGCCUGGCUUGGUAAGCCUCUGGUGGGGUAGUCAACCUGGUGAUCUCUAGGUGUUUAAAACCACAGCUCACAUCAUCCCUGGCUAUUGGCCAGACAUUUAGAGGGUACCACAUUGACUGCGCACAGCCCAUGGGUUAAAAUCCUUUAAAUUUAAAAGUUCUUAUUUGCUGUACAAAAAGGGUGUUCAGUGGCCCUCUUUGUGCAGGCUGUUCUUAAGGUUGUGGUGCCACGACCGAAAAGGCUCUGCUCUAAGUUUCGCUAGAUCUCACCUCCGUAAAACAACACCCAGAGUGGAAUCCUGCCUGCUGGUCUUGGGGUGGUUUAUAUGGGGGGAGGUCUUCCCCCAGAUACGCUGAGCCAAGGCUGCUUGAAGACUCUGACUGCCAUGUUUUCAAGGGCGCCCACAGGUCGUUUUGAAUAUUGGCUGUUGAAGAUUUUAACAGAAUGGAAACUAAAACCAUUGGGAGCAGUUGAACAAUACCCACAAAACUACUAUUGUAGCAGCAUGGUGAUCAGUUUGUGUGUCAUUAGGUGGGAUUAAUUUGCAAAAUAUUUUUCACUCAAUAGAAACUACCGAAGCUGUAGAUUUGGCAGAAAUGCAGAGAAAGAAAGGGGCCAAUAGAUGCUCAUGUCUGAACUUGCGAAUGGCUCUAGACGGACACCCUUCCCAUGUCAUGGCUUUUGCCAUAGGUGUGACUUGUGAGCCCACCUCCUUAAGUGAAAAACGAUGUCCUACUAAGUGGUCUUGAGCACCUGCCGCAUGGGGGUUGAAUGUGAACUCAUUGCAAAUGGACAAGCUUGUAAAUUAAGUGCAAAUGCACAUCUUUAAAUUCCUGUAUGUCGUAUGUGCUGAAAAGAGGUGUCCCUCCCAUUAACAUUCGUCCAAAAUAAGUGUUCAAUAACUUACGUGGUGUGGAAUUUGUUUUUGUACUAAUACAGAUAACGAUAGGGCUGGAUUUCAUUUAUUUUUUAAAUAAUAAAAAGGACGUGUUUCUUUCAUUCUUGUGUAUCUUUUGAAAGCUGGCAAGAACUAAACUCAGUUCCGGCUAAAAUUGACCAGAUUUCCAAAUGAGCCUCCUUUCCCUCUAGAACUUGUUGGAUCAGUCUUGUUGUCUUACACCUGACCUGUUCUGUCCGCCACCUUGCUCUUCUUCCCUUAACCCCUGCGUCCCUGCCUGCCAGAAAUUGUCCCCCCUGCGUCCUCCCUCUUUAUUAGUGAAGUAUCUAGUGUCACUUUUGUGCCGGGAAAUGUGCUGUACUUGUUAGCCGUUUCAUUAAUUAGCUUUUCUUAAUUUUCCACGGACAAAGGCGGAGCAAUAACAUGGGAACAUGUCCCCAUGGCACGGGAACAAAAGUAGGAGGAACAAAACCUCCGCUGCAAGUUCGAAUUAAAGGGCUGAAACUAGUGGCAGUGUAAUGACGUCGUCGUCUGGUGCUUGGGAUCUGAUGGGAUGCAUUUGGAUGACCCUGUAUGCCAUAAACCGUGUUUUACUGCGGUCAGGCAGUGGACUAGUGCAGGCUCCCCAGUUUUGUUCCUCCGUGCUUACUGUGUGGUAUCUGAACUGGUGCUUAGGGUUUGUUUCUCUCCAAACAAACCAUUGCCUGAAGCCAAGGUCUGCUCUUGUCUUCCUGAUAGCGUCUUGUUUGGGAGUAUGCAACCAUGGGCGCUGGUGCAGACGCCAUGGGAUGCCAAGGCCCAGGGUUGCCUGAGCCUAGUGGAAGAGGGUAGCAGCAAGGAACUGGGUCUGUCCCAGCACUCUGCUCACGCACAGUAAGCCAUGGUGCGCCUGAAUGCUGCCCCUGGAAGGAUGGAAUUCUGCAUUCCAUCACUUCAACCAGUGUCAUCCAACCUGCAGAUGGGAAGUAGUGGGGUUUUUUUGUUUUGUUCACGUUAAAACCAUCACCACUCCCUGCAUGUAGAAAGUCAGCACCUUAGAGAGAGGUUUCGUACAACCCUCUUCCUGAUAAUGCUAUGCGCAUGAAUCUUUUUUCAUUUGGGGGGGUUGGUUGAAAAAAAAUAUCACAGACACACAACUCCCAAAUUUUGAAUGGCUCUGUCUGGAGUUUUACAUACUUAUUAGAACAGUUUGGAGACUGCGUGGUAACAGGUGAAGAGUUGAUCCUUUUCCCUAAUGCUUUGUGGGAAAAGUUCAGGGAAGGGAACUGCCACACUCGCAUUCCCAGGGUGGCCAGAAUUCACCCCUCCGAUUCCCACAGCAGCUUGUACACAACAGCUCUGCCAUCCUGGGGCAAACAUGUGGUGUGAGCAAGUAUUUGCUCCCCAAUUUUUCAGCAUUGGCGGGUCCGUGAACCCUGUCUGCCUGCUACUGUAGUUCGGAUUAUGUUCUUUUCCUUCGUGGGCUGUCAACCUGUGUGUCUUCCUAUGGCAAGACUCUACGCAGACUUCUGUUCCAGCAAACGGAGAAAAGUUUCCAGCAUUUCUCUAUCUCAGCCCUUCCCCAUCUCACUUUUCUGUGGCAAAGUCCUUUAUUUCUUUGCAUCUGGUUAGCUCUGGCGUAGCAGGGAAAUACCCGAUGAUGUCUGGCGUUUCUGUUUCCCUUCCUUGAAAAUUUGCUCCUUCCCUGCAGGUCUGGGACUUUGACCCUCUGCUGUUCCCAACAACACAGGUUAGGAUGGCCACAAGGCAGAAGCAAACAUUGGUAGAGAAGUAUUAACGCAGGUCCCUCGCUCAUGAUAGUGGCAGGUUGCAUACCUGUGCGUUUGCAAGUGCUGCUGACUUUGCUAGCCAGGGCAUGAAACUAAGGGCAGUUGUUCUCUAAAUGCACCUUGAAAGGAUGUUAAUGCCUUUUUAAUUGUUCAGUGGUGCUUCUCCUUCCUCUUCCUUAUUUGGCCUUUCCUGCCUAUUAAAAGGCGCCGGUUUGCAUACUGCCAACUGCAGAGUGCCUCAGCACCUACUUUUUCUCUUCCAAGAAUAGCUGAGUCCCAGGUUGCACCUGGAUUUACAAGCCUUCUUUUUGCCAGCACGACAUGCCCUUUUAAUAUAAAUGUUUUGAAUGAGAAUUGGUUGGUGACUUCAGAAGAAGUAACGUGGAGCAGUCCUCCUUAGGCUAUACCGCUUUAGAGUGCAGAUGUGUGCGUGUGUGUGAAUCUGGCACAUAGAAAACAAGCUCGUCUGUGAGAAGGCUAGGCUAGAACCUUUAUCCUUGACAUGUGAGCCUUUCGCUUGCAGGGAGUUUGUGCAGAGGUCAUUAAUAAAUCCUGCCACCCCCGCCCCUUAUGUUCUGCAGUGCAAUUCCUGGAUGACUGUGCCAUAUACUAUUUUCUGUCCAUGUAGCUCAGCUUUUAAUUACCCUUCAUUAUUUUUAUUGUUGCUAUUAUUAUUGUUGUUGUUGUUGUUGUUGUUGUUAUUGCUCAGUUCUUAAUACAGGCUAAUCUAGACCUAUCAAGUCAAAAGGAUGAACGAAACCUUUUUGUUGUUGUUGUUGCCACUAUAAGGGUAGGAGCAGGUAGAUCUCGUGGUUCAGCAAUUGCAGGAUCUCUUUGGAGAAAAGAGCUGCUACCCCUUGGGGACGCGAAAGCGUUGACAGUGACAGUGGCAGUAUUCAUGAAGAUAUACGUUGAUGGUGUGUUAGGCUGUUUGUGUGAAAGGAGCCUCCCAAUUUCAGUUUCUCCCAUGCAAUGUGUGGGACCACCCACCCUUCUGUUGAACUCCACUGCCUUGUUGCCACUGGUCAGGAAAUUUGAGUGGCAUAAUGAUUUGGGGGUGAGGAGGAGCUGCCCUAUGCAUUGUAGGGAGAGAAACAGAGGACACAGGCAAUGCCAUUGGCCGUAGCAAUUCCGUGCCAAGUGUUCAAGUAUAGUUCUGAUGUUUGUGAGGUUUUGAGGGUUUCGGGUUCCUUUUUUUUGCUCUUUCCUUCAUGCUUUUUAAACUUUGUAAAUGAGUUGAAAUCAGCAGCAGCAGGGGGGAGAUGUUAAACGUAGCUUCCUCAAGCGCUAAAGAUUGCCCUGGAGAGGUUUCUGGAAGAGGGUCGUCCCUACUUGAGAUAACAACUGCCGGCUGUGCUGUGCAAAUCUUUAGCUCUUUCAUAUUCCAGUGCUUAAAUUAUAGCUUCCAGGAGAAUUGCAGGCAAUCCUUUCUAGAGAAAAAAAAAGCCCAACUUUUUGAACUUGUAUGGUUUUUGCAGCUUCUUUGUUUGGCUAAAUCAAGCGCUUUGGUUAAAGCAAAGGAUGCCCCGCCAUGCUAAUAAUGGUGUAGUCAAAAUAUUUAUUGAAAAAGAAGAGUAGAGUAUUUUUUAAAAUAUUGUACCUGCCAUUUAUUGGGGGGGGAAAUCGCAUUCUCCACAACUUAACUGCCAGUGCCAAUAAAAGGUCUGUUUUUAGAAAUGUACAUUUUCCCCCAGACUUAAAGUGCAUAAUUUAAAAAGUAUUAUGUUGCCAUCUUACAGUGAUAUAUGAAACCAUUUACAAUUGCCAAUUCAUUGUAACUAUUAUUUAUUGAAGAGGUGGAAAUUGUACGAAUGCUUUCGGAUCAAAGUAACUGGAGUUCUUUCUAAUGAUCCCCGUUUGCCUGUUUUCUUAGAAUUUACUUAGAAUAAAACUCUGCCAGUAGAUAAAAACACCGUUCUAACCCCUUUAUACCUUGAGCCCAGUUGAGUAGCUUGCCUGGUUUAAAGACAAUUUUACAGAUAUUUUAGUUUUUGUAUGCUAACCUCUAUUAAUUGAAAUGUUUAUGGAGUUUAUUUUUACCAAAGAGAUGCAAUUCAUUAUGAUAAAAGUAUUUCAAAAUAAACUUUGUUUUAUAACAUUC